AUGCUGUUCCCCCUAGUAUCCUUCUGGUGGUCUCUGCUGUGCCGCGACAGAGACAGAGACACAGACAGAGGACAGCAGAAGAAUGAGACACACUCUGCUCUGUCACCUGCAGCUGUUGGGUACCUGCAGAGCAAUCUGGCCCAGCCUUGCGCUGCUGAAUACUGUCCCCACGCUAUAUCCUGCUGCCUCUCUCAGGGUUCUCAACCGACAGUAUCAUCCGUCAGAUAAACACCAUUAGUUCAGCUUCAAUCAUGUUGUACUGUAGCAGCAGAGGAGAAGUGGAAGUAGAGCAUUUUGUGUAAUUAAUCUUGGUUCAAUUAAUGAAUUCCCUAUUCAUUAAUUCCCGAUCAUAACCUAUUAAGCCAUCAUUACAGGCAUAGAGAUGACUGAAUUUAGCUCACUCAUUGAGAUACGAUGUGUCUCUUUCCUCUGGCUUUAUUGACAUCAAUACAUGCAUUUUGUCAACCUGUCGUUUGUGUUUGGUGGGAAAUUCCAGGAGAUUUGCGAUUAUGUUAACUUCUGCUAAAGUGGACGGCUAAUUGGUACAGAUUACCUUCAUUUAAAGUCUUAAUUACAGCUCAAAGCGCAGGGGGGACUGAACGAAGGAAGAAGGAAUGUUUUGCAAUCAAAGCAUGUGUUUGAUAUUAAUCUUAGGCCAUGCACAGAACUCAUACAGUAAUUUUCAGUAAGAAGAAGGGGCUAUUUGUGAACAGAGAUGAUUAAAAUGGUAGUUAGGAUAGGAGAUAUACUCUACACGGUUUACCCUUGUGAAGGUGAAUGACCUGAAACACAGGAGCUUAAUCUGGAGAGUAUGUUCUAUGUGCAGAUUGGCACUGCACUGACAUUGUAAAAAGAGGUUAAGCACAUCAAUUGUAGACUAUGAAAGUAUUUGUGACUGUACAGCAGGGUUCCUCAACUUGCAGCCCAUGGGUCAUUGUUAAAAUAAUUUGUAAUGUUUUGGGACAUGAAAGACAGUAAAACAACAGCAAAUCAGCUCCAAGUGAUUUUAAUUUAGGAAAUCUGUUUCAAAGUAUUUCCAUGCAUAAUAGAGAGAUAUGUGAUCGUAUACAAAUAUAAGCAAGGUUUGAAAUUAUUAUGUUUUAGUCAAAUAUUAUAUCUGUUUGGGCUUCUUGCGGUCAAUUUGCAGUCUACAAAUUAUUUGUCAUUAUGUUCCGGCCCCCGACCAUCCACGCAAGAAAAAAUCAGCCCGUGGCUGAAUCUAGUUGAUGAUCCCUGGUAAACAGUAUUACUGUGUCUGGAUGCUGGGUGCUGUGCGUAUGUGCAUUGUGUUUGUUUGUGUGUGGCACUGGGCACUGUCUGAGCUGACGGGGUCCCCUCUGUCUAUUCGUAAAAAUAGAGCAAUACAGUAGAGUAGAGAGACAGACAGAGGGAUGAUGCUGCAGUGUAGAGGAAGACAGAAAGGUGCGUUAGAUUGAAGAGAUCCAAGGAUUACACUGUUUUAAUUCUAUAUUUCCCUUAUCGGAUCUCUUCUUUCUUUCAGAGUGCAUAUUUGCUGUGACUUCUCAUAUGGUCAGUGCAUUCUAAGAUGUGAUUUAACAGGAUUGCAGGCUCAUGGUGGGUUCGAUCCCAGCGUUGUCCUAGAAAUUGAAGUAAUUAUGUAAGUGCUCUGCGCAACUGGGUAAAUCCUCACAUCCGCUCGGGUCGUGACCCUGCUGCCUCAGGGACUGGGCCUGGAGUUGAUGUACUGUACAGUAUGCCUUAUUAUGUUUGAGACACAGUUCCACAGUGACACAUUAUACAGUCGGACUGGUAUCUUCUCUUUCCUGCAGGAUGUCAGAUCUUUCUUCCUCAUUUACAUAGAGGGCAGGGGGCAGUAAAGCUGACUAGUGGAGAGUAAUUCACCCUAACAUCAUUCGAUCCCAGGGUAGUCAAUUUGGUCAAACCGAUUGGGCACAAACUGGUUGAAUCAAUGUUGUUUCAACGUAAUUUGUCAAUGUAUUAUGAUGUGGAAUCUACAGUAUGAGGAAAAUACAUUGGAUUUGAAAAAAGUCAUCAACUGUUGUUUUAAGCGUGAAAUUUCAACCACAGGAUUAUGUCGUCACGAUAACCAAAUUUCAACAGAGACAAUGUAUAAAAUAUGUUUAAUUUGUACCUUUAAAACAAUGUCAGAUCUUCAACGUCAUAUCCAAUAUCAGGAAAAAAAAACUAUAGGCUGGGGAGUACCUCCUACCGGAUAAUUGAUCUAUCUAGAGCUACCCUUUGGUCUCCCAUCCAGUGUUUUCACUAAGCCCUGCUUAGCUAUGAUAUUUUACCAAUGUGCUAUUGUGAGAAUGAUUGUUGAGAGAUCUCCACUUAAAAAAUGAAAUAGAUACACUGUUGCUAUUGAAGCCAUUCCAAAGGGUAGGUUUAACCGAGCAAAUUCAAUAAGCUACAUUCAAACAGACUUCAUAAAGAACACCAUCAUAAGAUUCGAUCAUUGGUGUGCACUUCAAGUUGAGUGUGUGCUUUAAAAAAGAAAACACUAGCCAAGACAAUAACCAUGUUUCCAUCCACAGUUUUUAUGCGAGUAGGCCUACAGUCCUACCAUAUAAAAAAAAGACAGCUGGAAACAGGAAAGUUCGGUAAAAUUUGAUAAACACCGGCAGAUAAUUUAUUAGUUCGACAUGGUGGGAUCUUUUUGUGUCUGUAAAAUUAAUUAUGCAAGAAAUUAAACGCCUUUAGCCGCAAAUAUUGAUAAUAACCAUAAUAUCGAAGUAAACUUGGAGUCAUGCGAUGAUAUGGUGUGUGGCCGUCCCGCUACGACUUGGGAAACCAUGCAGUUUAUUAGGCUACAGAUGAAAUAAAUUAUGAUACACUUCACCAAGUGGUGAAAGUGUCCGGUGAUGAGCUUGAUGCAGCUUUCCAAUAAAUAUCAAAGGUCUUAUUCUGGUGACAUUAUGAUCGACGCUUGACUGCCGUUUGACAAAAUAUUCUCGCUCUUAUCCAUAAUAAUCUCAUCAUGUAGCCUAGACUAGUUUACCCUUACUGUGUCUGCAAGCUGUUAGGUAGAGUGCAGGUGCCAAGAUCAGAGUAGGCACAUUUGCUAUUUAUUAAUUCAACAGUUUUUGUGACAUAACCAGGGGCGCAACUUUCACUGGGGACCUGGAGUGUCAUGUCCCCCACACAUUCUGAAAUUGCAUUUUUGUCCCCCCCAGUUUUAUCAUUGCAAUGUGAUACAAAAAGCCGCAACGGUGUGCUUUUGGACCAUGCAGACCGUAGGCUGUUUGGAGUGUUCAGCUGGCUGGAUUUAGGACCACAUGGAAACCACAGAGCUGGCUGACAGGCUGUGAGAAGGCUGGCUAGACCAGCAGGGGAGAGUUGAGCAUAGUUCAGUGUGUAUGUGUUGCGCUCUAUCACUGAGUUGUAAAACCAAGCAGAGCAGAAACUGGCUUCUCUUUAGUUGACUGAUGUAGCUAGCAAGGUAACUGCUGUUUAACUUAACAGAAAAAACCUAAACUAGUGUUUAUUCUCAGUGCUGAGCUAGUAUUGUAACUGAGGUAACGUUAGCUAAUGUUUCAUCCCCUCUCAUCUGAGGUGAAUGAAUUAGCUAUGCUAGAUAGUAGCUACCACAGCCAGGUCAGCUCUAGCCUCUAGCUGUCUGUCAGAUAGCUAUUAUUACUAUCUAACAGCGGUUGUUUGUAUGGAAAUGUUUUGUAGCCUUUAAUUUGUCCCGUUUCAACAGAGGUAAAUUAACUUGGCUAGCUUUUGUCACGAUCGUCGUUACAGGAAGCAGACCAAGGCGCAGCGUGUGAUACAAACAUGACUUUAUUUUAAUUAAAGUAACGAACAAAACAAAACACGACUCGUGAAGUCCAACGGUUAAACAUACCGAAACGGAACAAAAACCCACAACACCCAAGGGAAAACAUACAGAUUAAAUAUGGCUCCCAAUCAGAGACAACCAGCCGACAGCUGACACUCGUUGCCUCUGAUUGGGAGUCACACAGGCAAACACAGACAAUGACAACCUAGAACACCCAACAUAGAAAACGAACACAUAGAAUGCACACACCCUGGCUCAACAUAUAGAGUCCCAGAGCCAGGGUGUGACAGUACCCACCCCUAAAGGCGCGGACUGCGACCGCGUCUAAACAAAACCCCAAACAGGGGAGGGCUGGGUGGGCAUUCCUCCUCGGAGGCGGCUCCGGCUCCGGCUUUGACCACCACCCCUCCAUACUACCCCCGUAGCGCCCCUGGUCCGGUCUGACCCCGCUGGCUGGAUCUGGACUGGACAUUGACGGAGCGGAUUGCUUACGCUCCGUUGUGGAGCAGCUGACCGGUCUUACCAGGCUGACGACUCGCACCCCGGGCUUGGUGCGAGUAGCAGGAACGGGCUUAACCAGGCUGACGACUCGCACCCCUGGCUUGGUGCGAGUGGCAGGAACAGGCUGGACCAGGCUGGCGACUCGCACCCCUGGCUUGGUGCGAGUGGCAGGAACAGACCGGGCCGGGCUGGCGACUCGCACCCCUGGCUUGGUGCGAGUGGCAGGAACAGGCCAGGCCGGGCUGGCGACGCGCACCGUAGGUUUGGUGCGAGUGGCAGGAACAGGCCGGGCCGGGCUGGCGACGCACACCGUAGGUUUGGUGCGUGGAGCAGGGACAGGCCGGGCUGGGCUGGCGACGCACACCGUAGGCUUGGUGCGUGGAGCAGGAACAGGCCGGGCUGGGCUGGCGACGCACACCGUAGGUUUGGUGCGUGGAGCAGGAACAGGCCGGGCAGGGCUGGCGACGCACACCGUAGGUUUGGUGCGUGGAGCAGGGACAGGCCGGGCUGGGCUGACGACGCACCCCGUAGGCUUGGUGCGUGGAGCAGGAACAGGCCGAACAGGGCUGGCGACGCACACCGUAGGCUUGGUGCGUGGAGCAGGAACAGGCCGGACUGGGCUAUGGAGACGGAUAGGAGACCUGGAGUGAAGAGCUGCCACAACCCGUCCUGGCUGAAUGCCUACCUUCACACACUCUGUGUGAGGCAUCAGCACAGGACGUACAGGGCUGUGUACCCGUACUGGCAUAACAGCACGUGACACUGGCGCAGGAUAUCCGGGACCGAGGAGAGGCACUGGAGGCCGCGAGCGCUGAGCCGGCACACUCCGUCCUGGCUGCAUGCCCACCUUCGCACAACACGUGCGGGGUGCUCGCACAGGACGUACCGGACUAUGCCGGACCACUCGCGGCACAGUGCGCAUCUCCGCAUACCGCGGAACCUGCCCAGUCUCAUGCUGCCAUGCCUGAGUACGGGGAGUUGGCUCUGCUCUCCAUCCAGGCUCCGCCAACCUGCCUUCUGGCCCCCAAAAGCCGGUGGCCUCCUCUCUUAAUCUCCCAAUUCGCCCUGUGGCAGCCUCCUGCUGCCCAGUCGCCCAUGCCGUGUGCCCCCCCCUAAAAAAUUCUUGGGGGUGCCUCUCGCCUUUCCGACCACGGCCCGGUUGACGCCGCUUCUCCACUCCUGCCUGGGUCUCCCCCUUCAUCGCCUUCCGGUACCGGACAGCCUCCUCCUCGGUAAUCUGCCCCCAACCGAGGAGGACAUCCACCAGAGUCACCUCCUGCGUGUGUUCCUGGACACGCUGCUUGGUCGUUGUAUGGUGGGUUUUUCUGUCACGAUCGUCUGGGUAAGGAGUAGUAGACCAAGGCGCAGCGUGUGAUACAAACAUGACUUUAUUUUAAUUAAAGUAACGAACAAAACAAAACACGACUCGUGAAGUCCAACGGUUAAACAUACCGAAACGGAACAAAAACCCACAACACCCAAGGGAAAACAUACAGAUUAAAUAUGGCUCCCAAUCAGAGACAACCAGCCGACAGCUGACACUCGUUGCCUCUGAUUGGGAGUCACACAGGCAAACACAGACAAUGACAACCUAGAACACCCAACAUAGAAAACGAACACAUAGAAUGCACACACCCUGGCUCAACAUAUAGAGUCCCAGAGCCAGGGUGUGACAGCUUUCGCCAGUUGAUGUACAUCUUUAAUCGAUGGAUAGACCUACAGUAGCUACAGAACAGCAGCUUAAACUUAAAGCUACAGUCUGGGAUCUGGGAAUAAUGGUCAUUUCAAUUAUUCAACCAUUGAUUCUAUUCUUGGAUAAUAUAAUGUAUAAAUGUACACCAAGGUAAUUCUUUGUCACGCCUCAUUUUAGGAGGAUUAGAUGUUGACAGGGGUCUCAGCAGGGUCAGGGAGCCAGGGAAGACCAGUCGGUGAUGAGCUGAGGUGAAUCUUUGCAGAUACAACACUUUAUUCUCUCUGUGAAGCAACCACUGGACAAGCCAGAUGCUGUUUUAAGGCAGUCUGACAAACCUUCAAAGUUGAUUUCCAAACUGUAUCAAGGGUUGAUAGAGGCUUUUCCUGAUGACACAAACAUGUGAGUAAGACCUGGUAGAAGCUACUGAUGAUAAUGAAUUGAUACAGAUAUGUUUGAAUGCCCAGUCAUGUUCAUAUCAUCUCAGACAUAAAUGACUGCAGUUUAAGACCAUCCAUAGAACGUACUAUAUGCCAGUGUAACUGAAUGACAUGCACUCAGAAAUGUCAUUCCUCUACUGGAGGUGUAAAACACAAAAGGGGACAUUUUUGCAUAUGUUAUGGUUUUGUGAAGGCUGGCUGAAUUCUGGCAAAGAGUAUGUUCUUUUAUCUCAGCAUGUCUACAGAUUCUCCCUUCUCCCUGUUUUUGUUUGCUUGGAAAUGUUGAUACUGGAGGCUUAUCUGAGGAAACUGUGUAACCAAGCAUUUAUAGCGGCUAAGAAAAGCAUUGCAAUUAAUUGGAAGGUUGGUUAUCCUCCCACAACGUCAAGUUAUGUGUCACUAGAUCUGAUUUAUUACAAGAUUAAGGGUAUACUGGGCAACUUUCAUAAGGUCUGGAUGCCUUAUAUGGAAUACAGUACGACUAAAGGAGUCUGCAUUGAACACAUGCCCACGUCAAGGGAGACACCUAUUUAGGCAAUCCCUAGCUGCUGGGCUGCUCAGUCCUGGCCCAAGGGGUCUGCCGUCCUGUGGGUUGUCACUCUAGCCUUGGCCUAACACACCCAAAACCAAUAAAUUAAUGUUUUACUAAGAUUCUAAAGCUGAGUGGGGUGUGUUGGGUUGGGGCGCUACAGGGUGGUGUACCCCUAGGGAUAGGACUGGGACGACCCAGCUAUACUGUAUUGUGUGCAAGUAAAAAUAGCUCUACAGGACUAUUAAGCCUAUGAGAUUAAUUAUAUGGAGGAUUUGCUGUUUCUGUGUGUUAAUGUAUAUUUGAGGUGUAUGUGGUUUUUUGUGUGUUGUUUUUUUGUUUCCAAACCUUUCCCUUGGGAAUUAAACCUUUUUAAGGUGGGAACUGGGAAGGAAAUUGUGUUGGGAGAGAGUUAAGUUAUUGAAUAGACUGGUGGGGGUCGGGCGUGCAGGCGGCUCGGGCUGGCUGGGCGGUCUGGCUGAAAUUUGAUAUAGAGGAUGUCUUAAUAAAGAUAAUCAAAAGUCUGUAUUUUUUCAAGAGUUGUUCAUCUGUUAGGCUGUUGGUUAAAGAUGCAACACAAUAUUUGUUAUUGAAUAAUUGAAUUACCUUUGAUGUAGUUCAAUCUUAUUAAUCACAUAUUUAAUAAUGAUCUCUUUCCUAGCUUGAUGACUGUGGGCAUUUUUGCUUACUUUUUGUUAAAAAUGGAGACCUCAUAUUGGCUUGUGUAAAAAUGCAGGAAAUAAGCUUUAGAUACCCCCAAAAAUCCCCAGAUCCCCCACCAGGUUAUGAACCCCCCCCCCCCCCCCCCCCGGACAAAACUAUCGGUAGAGUUGAAAAUGUGAUGAAACACAUUGAACUUUAGAUUUUUAUUCCGUACAUAAACACUUAAGUGAAAAAUUACAUUUUAUGUGCACUAUGUGCCUAUGUCAUCACGCACUGAUUUUUUUAUGCACUGGUGGGAAAAUUUGCAUAUUUUCUUCAUGCAGAUUUUUGAAUAUUUGCAUGAAAAUCUGUCACCAAUUGGAUGGAAACCUAGAAAUGUACUCUCAUAUGUGGCAUAGUCCCCUCAAAUGCCAUUGGCAUAUCAACACCAGUUAUCAGCAUAAUCAUAAAGUCCUUGCCCAUGUCUUUUUCUUAAGGAAUUGAAAGGUAGUCCUCAUCAGGGGGAUCAGUUACAAGGUCAGAGAGAGGUGUUAUAGCUUUGCCUGCAGAGUGAGAGGAUGCUGCAUGGGGGAAAACACAGUCGCCUACUGUAGAGGUGUGCUGAGGUGAGCCCUGCUGAGCUGUGCUGAACUGAGCAGUGCAGGGCGCCCUGUACUCCACCAGUGUUCUAUUGCGCUGAUAAGGCAGGAGACGGCCUCAAGAGAGCAUACAUUAGACCUUGUCCUAAAGCCAAGCACACUGAGUCAGGAGAGGGACAGGAACAGGGGACCGUUGGUACCUGACAACAUUUUGGAGGUGACUGAAUAAUCUCUUGACCCUUAAUUUGGGCUGUCUGAGAGAGGAGAAAUGCUGUGAUGUGAUUCAGCACCACAUAUUGUAGCAGCAUGAGGCACUCAUCCCUGAUACCUGGCAGAUAAGAUGGAAGAGAGAGGGCAGAGUUCACAGACAUUACUCUUUGAGGCCAGCCUCAGCAGAGUCUCGGAAAUGUAACCGGGUCGUUCCACAAAUUUGAUAUUUUAAGUUGAAAUUGUACACCAAUAUUGCAUUUUAAAAGCCUGUUAAAUUAAAUGAAGUCCCCUUUGUCACACCCUGAUCUGUUUCACCUGUCUCCACCCCCCAUUAUCCCCUGUGUAUUUAUACCUGCGUUUUCUGUUUGUCUGCUGUCAGUUUGUCUUGUUUUGUCAGGUCUUACUAGCAUGUUUCCUGUUUCUCCUGUUCUCAAGUUUUGUUUUCUAGUCUUCCCGGUUUUGACCUUUCUGCCUGUCCUGACCCUGAGCCCAGCUGCCGUUCUGUCCCUGAUUUACUCUUAUCCAGAGCUACAUACAGUUAGUGAGUGCAUACAUUUUUCAUACUGGCCCCCCGUUGGAAACGAACCCACAGCCCUGGCGUUGCAAGCGCCAUGCUCUACCAUCUGAGCUACAGGGGACUAGGAUUUACUAGGAUUAAAUGUCAGGAAUUGUGAAAAACUGAGUUUAAAUGUAUUUGGCUAAGGAGUAUGUAAACUUUCGACUUCAACUGUACAUAAAAAACAUUGAACAUAAUAAUAGUGAAAUCAUAGUGUGACAGCAGGUAAGAUUGUUGUACUCCUUUUGGCCAUUUUCUGAGCGAGUCGCGCAUAACAUGUUAUCCCUGUUACCCAUAUAUAGAUAGGCCAGAAAUGUUUUAACAAUGAAUCUUUUUUUUGUGAUAUGUUUCUGUUUCUGUCUCUGUCUCUGGUCUCUGUCUCUGUCUCUGUCUCUGUCUCUGUCUAGGUCUUUCGUCUGUUUGUUGUUCUCUCUUCUCUGUUUUAGUCCUGUCCAUGUACUCUAGACCGUUGUUCUGUCUUUUCUGCUAGCCGCUGUUCUCCUGUCUCUGUCUGUCCUCUGUUUUCUGUCUGUCUUGUCUCUCUUGUCUCUGUCUGUCUUGUCUCGUCUUGUCUCUCUUCUGUCUCUGUCUCUUGUCCUGUCUAUGUUCCUUCUUGUCUUUGUCUCUGUAGUUGUCUUGUCUAGUCUCUGUCUUCUGUCUCUGUCUUCUGUUCUGUCGUUCCUCUCUGUCUCUGCUCUGCGUUCUGUCUCUCUGUUCAUCUGUACUGUCUCUGUCUCUUUUCACUGUCUCUGUCUUGUUAUGUUCCUCUACUCUUCUAUCUCUCUGUCUCUGUCUAUGUUAUGUCGUCUGUCUUGCUGUCUCUGUUCUGCUUGUCAGGCUGUAACUUCUUCGCUUCUGUCCUCAGAAUCUUCAUGAUUCGUGUUCUGUCUCUGUCUCGUCUAUGUUCGUUCUGUCCUUCUUUGUCUCUGUCUCGUCUCUGCUCUGUCUCUGUCUCUGUCUUGUCUGUCCGUUCUGCUGUCUUUUGUUUGUCUUCUUGUUGUCUUCUCUGUCGUCUGUCUUGUUUCCUGUCUCUGUCUCUGUCUCUCUUUUCUCUGUCUCUGUCUCUGUCUGUUUUCUCUUGUCUGUCUGUUCUGUUUGUCUACUGUCUCUGUCUCUGUCUUGUCUAUGUCUUCCGUCCGUCUCUGUCUGUGUCCUCUGUCUCUGUCUCUGUCUCUGUCUGUCGUGUCUCUUUCUUCAGUCUCUGUUCGCUAUGUUCCGUCUCUGUCUCUGUCUCUGUUCUCUGUCUCUGUCUCUGUCUCUGUCCUGUCUCUGUCUCUUCUGUCUCUGUCUCUGUUUCCUGUCUCUGCUCUGUCUAUGUUUCCUGCUCUGUCCUCUAUGUCUCUGUUCUGUUUCUCUUCUCGUCUCUGUCUCCUGUCUCUGUCUCGUCUGCUUGUCUUCUGUCUCUGUCUCUGUCUCUGUCUCUGUCUCGUCUCUGUCUCAUGUUUCGUCUCUGUCUCUGUCUUGUUCUCGUCUUGUCUCUGUCUCUGUCUUGCUCCGUCUCUUCUCUUCUUGUCUCUGUCUCUCUGUCUCUGUCUCUGUCUCUGUCUCUGUCUGUUCUGUCUCUGUCUCUGUCUCUGUCUCUGUCUCUGUCUCUGUCUCUGUCUUGUUCUGUCUCUUCUUCUUCUCUCUUGUCUUGUUAUGUUCCAGUCUCUAUUCUGUCUGUCUCUGUCUCAUGUUCACUGUUCUGUCCUGUCUCUGUCUCUGUUCCUGUCUCUGUCUUGUCUCUGUCUCUGUCUGUCUGUUUCUGUCUCUAUCUUUCAUCUCAGUUCCUCUCUGUCUCUGUCUUUCUCUGUCUCUGUCUCUGUCUUGUUUUCUGUCUCUUGUCUUGCUCUGUCUAUGUUUCUGUCUCUGUCGUCUAUGUCUCUCUCUGUCUCUGUUCUGUCUUGUCCUGUCUCUGUUUGUCUGUUUUUCUCUGUCGUCUUCGUUCUUCUGUCUCUGUCUCUGUCUUUCCGUCUCUCGUCUCUGUUGUUCGUCUCUGUCUCUGUCUCUGUCUUCUGUCUCUGUCUCUGUCUCUGUCUGUCUCUGUCUCUGUCUCCUCUGUCGUCUUGUUAUUUCCUCUCUCUGUCUCUGUCUGUGUUUCCGUCUCUGUCUUGUUUUUCUCUCUCUGUCUCUGUCUCUGUCUCUGUCUCUGUCUCUGUCUCUGUCUCUGUCUCUGUCUCUGUCUCUGUCUCUGUCUAUGUUUCCAUCUCUGUCUCUGUCUCUGUCUCUGUCUCUGUCUCUGUCUCUGUCUCUGUCUCUGUCUCUGUCUCUGUCUGUGUUUCCGUCUCUGUCUUUGUGUAUGUUUCCCUCUCUAUCUCUGUCUCUGUCUAUGUUACUGUCGCUGUCUCUUUCUCUGUCAAGGCUAAAUCAAAUGCUGUGCGCCAGAACUUCAUGAUUCUCUGUCUCUGUCUCUGUCUCUGUCUCUGUCUCUGUCUCUGUCUCUGUCUCUGUCUCUGUCUCUGUCUCUGUCUCUGUCUCUGUCUCUGUCUCUGUCUAUGUUUCCGUCUCUGUCUCUGUCUGUGUUUCCGUCUCUGUCUCUGUCUCUGUCUCUGUCUCUGUCUCUGUCUCUGUCUCUGUCUCUGUCUCUGUCUCUGUCUCUGUCUCUGUCUAUGUUUCCGUCUCUGUCUCUGUCUGUGUUUCCGUCUCUGUCUCUGUCUCUGUCUCUGUCUCUGUCUCUGUCUCUGUCUCUGUCUCUGUCUCUGUCUCUGUUUCCGUCUCCGUCUCUGUCUCUGUCUCUGUCUCUGUCUCUGUCUCUGUCUCUGUCUCUGUCUCUGUCUCUGUCUCUGUCUCUGUCUGUGUUUCCGUCUCUGUCUUUGUGUAUGUUUCCCUCUCUAUCUCUGUCUCUGUCUAUGUUACUGUCGCUGUCUCUUUCUCUGUCAAGGCUAAAUCAAAUGCUGUGCGCCAGAACUUCAUGAUACACUUAGUGUUUGGCUUUCAGAGGGGGGAAAUACACGUAUGUCUUAUAGAAGAAGAUGGCUUUAUUAUGGUAAAUGGCUAUAUCAACUUGCUGUAAAAAUUAUUAUGUACUGAACAACAUUUUGUGUAGCUCAAAUGAAAUGGCCAAUACAAUAAUUGAUUGUAACAAGAAGGCUCUUUGUCUUUUUGGAGAGAUGACCAGCCAACUCCCCACACAGAUUAGUAUUUGAUGAAAAUGACAUUGUGUGUGAUAGGGCCUGUUUGGGUUUUCAGUAAUAACUACUAGUACAUUACUUGGGCCGAGCUCCCUGCCAUCCAGGACCUCUAUAUCAGGCAGUGUCAGAGGACGGCCUGAAAAAUUGCCAAAGACUCCAGCCACCCAAGCCAUAGACUGUUCACUCUGCUACCGUCUGACAAACGGUACCGGAGCAUCGGCUCUUGGACUAAUAGGCUCCUAGACAGCUUCUACCUCCAAGCCAUGACUGCUAAAUAGCCAGACUGCUAAAUAGUAAAUUAAUGGUACCUGAACUAUCUGCACUGACUCUAUGUUGCACUGACCCUACGCACACUCACUAGACUAUAUAUACAAACCAUACACACUCACUAGACUAUAUAUACAAACCAUACACACUCACUAGACUAUAUAUACAAACCAUACACACUCACUAGACUAUAUAUACAAACCAUACACACUCACUAGACUAUAUAUACAAACCAUACACACUCACUAUACUAUAUAUACAAACCAUACACACUCACUAGACUAUUUAUACAAACCAUACACACUCACUAGACUAUUUAUACAAACCAUUCUCACUCACUAGACUAUAUAUACAAACCAUACACACUCACUAGCCUAUAUACAACAGCAUAAUCCCAGAAACCCUAGACCCACUCCAAUUUGCAUACCGCCCCAACAGAUCCACAGAUGAUGCAAUCUCUAUCGCACUCCACACUGCCCUUUCCCACCUGGACAAGAGGAACACCUACGUGAGAAUGCUAUUCAUUGACUACAGCUCAGCAUUCAACACCAUAGUGCCCUCUAAGCUCAUCACUAAGCUAAGGAUCCUGGGACUAAACACCUCCCUCUGCAACUGGAUCCUGGACUUCCUGACGGGCCGCCCCCAGGUGGUAAGGGUAGGUAACAACACAUCUGCCACACUGAUCCUCAACACGGGGGCCCCUCAGGGGUGCGUGCUCAGUCCCCUCCUGUACUCUCUGUUCACCCAUGACUGCAUGGCCAGGCACGACUCCAACACCAUCAUUAAGUUUGCCGACGACACAACAGUGGUAGGCCUGAUCACCGACAACGAUGAGACAGCCUAUAGGGAGGAGGUCAGAGAUCUGGCCGUGUGGUGCCAGGACAACAACCUCUCCCUCAACGUGACCAAGACAAAGGAGAUGAUUGUGGACUACAGGAAAAAAAAGAGGACUGAGCACGCCCCCAUUCUCAUCGACGGGGCUGUAGUGGAACAGGUUGAGAGCUUCAAGUUCCUUGGUGUCCACAUCACCAACGAACUAUCAUGGUCCAAACACACCAAGACAGUCGUGAAGAGGGCACGACAAAGCCUAUUCCCCCUCAGGAGACUAAAAAGAUUUGGCACGGGUCCUCAGAUCCUCAAAAAAUUCUACAGCUGCACCAUCGAGAGCAUCCUGACUGGUUGCAUCACCGCCUGGUAUGGCAACUGCUUGGCCUCUGACCGCAAGGCACUACAGAGGGUAGUGCGUACGGCCCAGUACAUCACUGGGGCAAAGCUCCCUGCCAUCCAGGACCUCUAUACCAGGCGGUGUCAGAGGAAGGCCCUCAAAAUUGUCAAAGACUCCAGCCACCCUAGUCAUAGACUGUUCUCUCUGCUACCGCACGGCAAGCGGUACCGGAGUGCCAAGUCUAGGUCCAAAAGACUUCUCAACAGCUUCUACCCCCAAGCCAUAAGACUCCUGAACAGCUAAUCAUGGCUACCCGGACUAUUUGCACUGCCCCCCCACCCCAUCCUUUUUACGCUGCUGCUACUCUGUUAAGUAUUUAUGCAUAGUCACUUUAACUCUACCCACAUGUACAUAUUACCUCAACUACCUCAACUAGCCGGUGCCCCCGCACAUUGACUCUGCAACGGUACCCCCCUGUAUAUAUAGCCUCCCUACUGUCACUUUAUUUUACUGUAUAUAUAGCCUCCCUACUGUCACUUUAUUUUACUUCUGCUCUUUUUUUCUCAACACUUUUUUUGUUGUUGUUUUAUUCUUACUUUUUUUGUUUAAAAUAAAUGCACUGUUGGUUAAGGGCUGUAAGUAAGCAUUUCACUGUAAUGUCUGCACCUGUUGUAUUCGGCGCAUGUGACCAAUACAAUUUGAUUUGAUUUGAUUUGAUUUGAUAUAUACAAACCAUUCUCACUCACUAGACUAUAUAUACAAACCAUACACACUCACUAGACUAUAUAAGCAAACCAUUCUCACUCACUAGACUAUACAGUGAGGGAAAAAAGUAUUUGAUCCCCUGCUGAUUUUGUACAUUUGCCCACUGACAAAGACAUGAUCUGGCUAUCAUUUUAAUGGUAGGUUUAUUUGAACAGUGAGAGACAGAAUACCCCUCUGCAAAACAUGACUUAGUACUUGGUGGCAAAACCCUUGUUGGCAAUCACAGAGGUUAGACGUUUCUUGUAGUUGGCCACCAGGUUUGCACACAUCUCAGGAGGGAUUUUGUUCCACUCCUCUUUGCAGAUCUUCUCCAAGUCAUUAAGAUUUCGAGGCUGACGUUUGGCAACUCGAACCUUCAGCUCCCUCCACAGAUUUUCUAUGGGAUUAAGGUCUGGAGACUGGCUAGGCCACUCCAGGACCUUAAUGUGCUUCUUCUUGAACCACUCCUUUGUUGCCUUGGCCGUGUGUUUUGGGUCAUUGUCAUGCUGGAAUACCCAUCCACGACCCAUUUUCAAUGCCCUGGCUGAGGGAAGGAGGUUCUCACCGAAGAUUUGACGGUACAUGGCCCCGUCCAUCGUCCCUUUGAUGCAGUGAAGUUGUCCUGUCCCCUUAGCAGAAAAACACCCCCAAAGCAUAAUGUUUCCACCUCCAUGUUUGACAGGGGGAUGGUGUUACAUUAAAUUUACAUUUACGUCAUUUAGCAGACGCUCCAGAGCGACUUACAAAUUGGUGCAUUCACCUUGUAGCCAGUGGGAUAACCACUUUACAAUGUUUUUUUUUUUUUUUUUUUUUGGGUGGGGUGGGUUAAGGGGUGGGGUAGAAGGAUUACUUUAUCCUAUCCCAGGUAUUCCUUAAAGAGGUGGGGUUUCAAAUGUCUCCGGAAGGUGGUGAGUGACUCCGCUGUCCUGGCGUCGUGAGGAAGCUUGUUCCACCAUUGGGGUGCCAGAGCAGCGAACAGUUUUGACUGGGCUGAGCUGGAACUGUGCUUCCGCAGAGGUAGGGGAGCCAGCAGGCCAGAGGUGGAUGAACGCAAUGCCCUCGUUUGGGUGUAGGGACUGAUCAGAGCCUGAAGGUACGGAGGUGCCGUUUCCCUCACAGCUCCGUAGGCAAGCACCAUGGUCUUGUAGCAGAUGCAAGCUUCAACUGGAAGCCAGUGGAGUGUGCGGAGGACCGGGGUGACGUGAGAGAACUUGGGAAGGUUGAACACCAGACGGGCUGCGGCAUUCUGGAUGAGUUGUAGGAGUUUAAUGGCACAGGCAGGGAGCCCAGCCAACAGCGAGUUGCAGUAAUCCAGACGGGAGAUGACAAGUGGGGGAAAGGAGAAAAUUAGUUGUGUGUUGUCUGCGUAGCAAUGAUAGAAGAGGCCAUGGAUAUGACAGAGCCAAGUGACUUGGUGUAUAGCGAGAAUAGGAGAGGGCCUAGAACUGAGCCCUGGGGGACACCAGUGGUGAGAGCACGUGGUGCGGAGACAGCUUCUCACCACGCCACUUGGUAGGAGCGACCGGUCAGGUAGGACGCAAUCCAAGAGUGAGCUGCGCCGGAGAUGCCCAGCUCGGAGAGGGUGGAGAGGAGGAUCUAAUGGUUCACAGUAUCAAAGGCAGCAGACAGGUCUAGAAGGACAAGAGCAGAAGAGAGAGAGUUAGCUUUAGCAGUGCAGAGAGCCUCCGUGACACAGAGAAGAGCAGUCCCAGUCUUGAAACCUGACUGGUUUGGAUCAAGAAGGUCAUUCUGAGAGAGAUAGCAAGAGAGUUGGCUAAAGACGGCACGCUCAAUAGUUUUGGAGAGAAAAGAAAGAAGGGAUACUGGUCUGUAGUUGUUGACAUCAGAGGGAUCGAGUGUUGGUUUUUUGAGAAGGGGUGCAACUCUCGCUCUCUUGAAGAUGGAAGGGACAUAGCCAGCGGUCAAGGAUGAGUUGAUCAGCGAGGUGAGGUAGGGAGAAGGUCACCGGAGAUGGUCUGGAGAAGAGAUGAGGGGAUAGGGUCAAGCGGGCAGGUUGUUGGGCGGCCGGCCAUCACAAGUCGCAAGAUUUGAUCUGGAGAGAGAGGGGAGAAAGAAGUCAAAGCAUAGGGUAGGGCAGUGUGAGCAGGACCAGCAGUGUCAUUUGACUUAAACGAGGAUCGGAUGUCGUCAACCUUCUUUUCAAAAUGGUUGACGAAGUCAUCCACAGAGAGGGAGGGGGGGGGGGGGGGGGGGGGGGGGAGGAUUCAGCAGGGAGGAGAAGGUGGCAAAGAGCUUCCUAGGGUUAGAGGCAGAUGCUUGAAAUUUAGAGUGGUAGAAAGUGGCCUUAGCAGCAGAAACAGAUGAAGAAAAUGUAGAGAGGAGGGAGUGAAAAGAUGUCAGGUCCGCAGGGAGUCUAGUUUUCCUCCAUUUCCGCUCGGCUGCUCGGAGCCCUGUUCUGUGAGCUCGCAAUGAGUCAUCAAGCCACGGAGCUGGAGGGGAGGACCGAGCCGGCCGGGAGGAUAGGGGACAUAGAGAGUCAAAGGAUGCAGAAAGGGAGGAGAGGAGGGUUGAGGAGGCAGAAUCAGGAGAUUGGAGGGAGAAGGCUUGAGCACAGGGAAGAGAUGAUAGGAUGGAAGAGGAGAGAGUAGCGGGAGAGAGAGAGCGAAGGUUGCGACGGUGCAUUACCAUCUGAGUAGGGGCAGAGUGAGUAGUGCUGGAGGAGAGCGAGAGAGAAAAGGAAACAAAGUAGUGGUCGGAGACUUGGAGGGGAGUUGCAGUGAGAUUAGUAGAAGAACAGCAUCUAGUAAAGAUGAGGUCAAGCGUAUUGCCUGCCUUGUGAGUAGGGGGGGACGGUGAGAGGGUGAGGUGAGACGGUGAGAGGGUGAGGGAAGGAGGUUCUCACCAAAGAUUUGGGGUCAUAGGCAGCAUUCCUUCUCCUCCAAACACGGUGAGUUGAGUUGAUGCCAAAGAGCUCGAUUUUGGUCUCAUCUGCCCACAACACUUUCACCCAGUUCUCCUCUGAAUCAUUCAGAUGUUCAUUGGCAAACUUCAAACGGCCCUGUAUAUGUGCUUUCUUGAGCAGGGGGACCUUGCGGGCGCUGCAGGAUUUCAGUCCUUCACGGCGUAGUGUGUUACCAAUUGUUUUCUUGGUGACUAUAGUCCCAGCUGCCUUGAGAUCAUUGACAAGAUCCUCCCGUGUAAUACUGGGCUGAUUCCUCACCGUUGUCAUGAUCAUUGCAACUCCACGAGGUGAGAUCUUGCAUGGAGCCCCAGGCCGAGGGAGAUUGACAGUUCUUUUGUGUUUCUUCCAUUUGCGAAUAAUCACACCAACUGUUGUCACCUUCUCACCAAGCUGCUUGGCGAUGGUCUUGUAACCCAUUCCAGCCUUGUGUAGGUCUACAAUCUUGUCCCUGACAUCCUUGGAGAGCUCUUUGGUCUUGGCCAUGGUGGAGAGUUUGGAAUCUGAUUGAUUGAUUGCUUCUGUGGACAGGUGUCUUUUAUACAGGUAACAAGCUGAGAUUAGGAGCACUCCCUUUAAGAGUGUGCUCCUAAUCUCAGCUCGUUACCUGUAUAAAAGACACCUGGGAGCCAGAAAUCUUUCUGAUUGAGAGAGGGUCAAAUACUUAUUUCCCUCAUUAAAAUGCAAAUCAAUUUAUAAUUUUUUGUUGUUGUUAUUCUGUCUCUCACUGUUCAAAUAAACCUACCAUUAAAAUUAUAGACUGAUAAUUUAUUUGUCAGUGGGCAAACGUACAAAAUCAGCAGGGGAUCAAAUACUUUUUUCCCUCACUGUAUAUACAUCUGGAAGAAUGGCGCCGGAGAAGAUGGAUGCCGUUUUACAGCCAUCUAACCAAUUGUACUAUUAUGUGUGUUUUUCCGCGUUAUUUGUAAUUUAUUUUGUACAAUGUUUCUGCCAUCGUCUCUUAUAACCAAAAAGAGCUUCUGGAUAUCAGGACAGCGAUUACUCACCUCGUAUUGGACGAAUAAUUUAUCUUCAACGAGGCGGCCGCGAAGGAUAUCCUACAGACACCCGACAAGGCCCAAAUCCCCGUCAUUCGCAUGAGGAAGAGACGGAGAUAUCGUGGACGUAGGUCGGGGUGCCUUGUAAGUAUCCGACGGCGAGCGAAUAAACUGCCGCUCCCAUCAAUCCUAUUAGCCAAUCUUCAAUCAUUGAAAAAUAAAUUGGAUGACCUAAGAUUACGGUUAUCCUACCAACGGGACAUUAAAAACUGUAAUAUCUUAUGUUUCACCGAGUCAUGGCUGAACGACAACAUGGAUAACAUACAGCUAGCGGGCUGUGCGCUACAUCGGCAGGAUAGAACGGCUGACUCCGGUAAGACAAGGGGUGGCGGUCUGUGUAUAUUUGUAAACAACAGCUGGUGCACAAAAUCAAAUACUAAGGAAGUCUCGAGGUUUUGCUCGCCUGAGGUAGAGUAUCUUAUGAUAAGCUGUAGACCACACUAUUUACCAAGAGAGUUUUCAUCUAUAUUUUUCAUAGCUGUCUAUUUACCACCACAAACCAAUGCUGGCAUUAAGAUUGCACUGAAUGAGCUGUAUAAGGCCAUAAUUCAACAGGAAAACGCUCAUCCAGAGGCAGCACUCCUAGUGGCCAGGGACUUUAAUGCAGGGAAACUUAAAUCCGUUCUACCUAAUUUCUACCAGCAUGUUAAAUGUGCAACCAGAGGAAAAAAAACUCUAGACCACCUUUACUCCACACACAGAGACGCAUACAAAGCUCUCCCUCGCCCUCCAUUUGGCAAAUCUGACCAUAACUCUAUCCUCCUGAAUCCUGCUUAUAAGCAAAAACUAAAGCAGGAACCACCAGUGACUCGGUUAAUAAAAAAGUGGUCAGAUGACGCAGAUGCUAAGCUACAGGACUGUUUUGCUAGCACAGACUGGAACAUGUUCUGGGAUUCUUCAGAUAGCAUUGAGGAGUACACCACAUCAGUCACUGGCUUCAUCAAUAAGUGCAUCGAUGAUGUCGUCCCAACAGUGACCGUACGUACAUACCCCAACCAGAAGCCAUGGAUUACAGGAAACAUCCGCACUGAGCUAAAGGGUAGAGCUGCCGCUUUCAAGGAGCGGGACUCUAACCCGGACGCUUAUAAGAAAUCCCGCUAUGCCCUCCGACGAACCAUCAAACAGGCAAAGAGUCAAUACAGGACUAAGAUUGAAUCGUACUACACUGGCUCUGACGCUCGUCGGAUGUGGCAGGGCUUGAAAACUAUUACAGACUACAAAGGGAAGCACAGCCGCGAGCUUCCCAGUGACACAAGCCUACCAGACGAGCUAAACCACUUCUAUGCUCGCUUCGAGGCAAGCAACACUGAAGCAUGCAUGAGAGCACCAGCUGUUCCGGAUGACUAUGUGAUCACGCUCUCCGUAGCCGAUGUGAGUAAGACUUUUAAGCAGGUCAACAUUCACAAGGCCGCAGGGCCAGACGGAUUACCAGGACGUGUACUCCGAGCAUGUGCUGACCAACUGGCAAGUGUCUUCACUGACAUUUUCAACAUGUCCCUGACUGAGUCUGUAAUACCAACAUGUUUCAAGCCACCACCAUAGUCCCCGUGCCCAAGGACACUAAGAUAACCUGCCUAAAUGACUACCGACCCGUAGCACUGACGUCUGUAGCCAUGAAGUGCUUUGAAAGGCUGGCCAUGGCUCACAUCAACACCAUUAUCCCAGAAACCCUAGACCCACUCCAAUUUGCAUACCGCCCCAACAGAUCCACAGAUGAUGCAAUCUCUAUUGCACUCCACACUGCCCUUUCCCACCUGGACAAGAGGAACACCUACGUGAGAAUGCUAUUCAUUGACUACAGCUCAGCAUUCAACACCAUAGUGCCCUCAAAGCUCAUCACUAAGCUAAGGAUCCUGGGACUAAACACCUCCCUCUGCAACUGGAUCCUGGACUUCCUGACGGGCCUCCCCCAGGUGGUAAGGGUAGGUAACAACACAUCUGCCACACUGAUCCUCAACACGGGGGCCCCUCAGGGGUGCGUGCUCAGUCCCCUCCUGUACUCCCUAUUUACCCAUGACUGCAUGGCCAGGCACGACUCAAACACCAUCAUUAAGUUUUCCGACGACACAACAGUGGUAGGUCUGAUCACCGACAACGAUGAGACAGCCUAUAGGGAGGAGGUCAGAGACCUGGCCGUGUGGUGCCAGGAUAACAACCUCUCCCUCAACGUGACCAAGACAAAGGAGAUGAUUGUGGACUACAGGAAAAAAAAGAGGACUCUCAUCGACGGGGCUGUAGUGGAACAGCUUGAGAGCUUCAAGUUCCUUGGUGUCCACAUCACCAACGAACUAUCAUGGUCCAAACACACCAAGACAGUCGUGAAGAGGGCACGACAAAGCCUAUUCCCCCUCAGGAGACUGAAAAGAUUCGGCAUGGGUCCUCAGAUCCUCAAAAAAUUCUACAGCUGCACCAUUGAGAGCAUCCUGACUGGUUGCAUCACUGCCUGGUAUGGCAACUGCUUGGCCUCCGACCGCAAGGCACUACAGAGGGUAGUGCGUACGGCCCAGUACAUCACUGGGGCCAAGCUUCCUGCCAUCCAGGACCUCUAUACCAGGCGGUGUCAGAGGAAGGCCCUCAAAAUUGUCAAAGACUCCAGCCACCCUAGUCAUAGACUGUUCUCUCUGCUACCGCACGGCAAGCAGUACCGGAGUGCCAAGUCUAGGUCCAACAGACUUCUCAACAGCUUCUACCCCCAAGCCAUAAGACUCCUGAACAGCUAAUCAUGGCUACCUGGACUAUUUGCACUGCCCCCCCACCCCAUCUUUUUACGCUGCUGCUACUCUGUUAAUUUGUGCAUAGUCACUUUAACUCUACCCACAUGUACAUAUUACUUCAACUACCUCAACUAGCCGGUGCCCCCGCACAUUGACUCUGCACCGGUACCCCCCUGUAUAUAUAGCCUCCCUACUGUUAUUUUAUUUUACUUCUGCUCUUUUUUUCUCAACACUUUUUUGUUGUUGUUUUAUUUUACUUUUUUAUUAAAAAUAAAUGCACUGUUGGUUAAGGGCUGUAAGUAAGCAUUUCACUGUAAUGUCUGCACCUGUUGUAUUCGGCGCAUGUGGCCAAUACAUUUUGAUUUGAUUUGAUUUGAUUUGAUAUACAAACCAUACACACUCACUAGACUAUAUAAUAAGCCAUUUAGCAGACGCUUUUAUCCAAAGCGACUUACAGUCAUGCGUGCAUACAUUUUUUUUUUUGUGUAUGGGUGGUCCCGGGGAUCGAACCCACUACCUUGGCGUUACAAGCGCCGUGCUCUACCAGCUGAGCUACAGAGGACCACAUAUAUAUAUAAACAAACCAUUUUCACUCACUAGACUAUAUAUACAAACCAUACACACUCACUAGACUAUAUAUACAAACCAUACACACUCACUAGACUAUAUAUACAAACCAUACACACUCACCAGACUAUAUAUAUACAAACCAUACACACUCACUUACACACACUACAUUUACACUCCCACACAAAACCCACACACAUUCACAUACACUACAUACACAUUCGCACACCCACACAUAACACACCCAAGUUUGCCCUCCACUCUCGCUCCUCUGGUCCUCCUGGGUUUGACCUCCACUCUCUCUCCUCUGGUCCUCCUGGGUUUGACCUCCACUCUCUCUCCUCUGGUCCUCCUGGGUUUGACCUCCAUUCUCUCUCCCUCUGGUCCUCCUGGGUUUGACCUCCACUCUCUCUCCUCUGGUCCUCCUGGUUUUGACCUCCAUUCUCUCUCCCUCUGGUCCUCCUGGGUUUGACCUCCAUUCUCUCUCCCUCUGGUCCUCCUGGGUUUGACCUCCAUUCUCUCUCCCUCUGGUCCCCCUGGGUUUGACCUCCAUUCUCUCUCUCCUCUGGUCCUCCUGGGUUUGCCCUCCACUCUCGCUCCUCUGGUCCUCCUGGGUUUGACCUCCACUCUCUCUCCUCUGGUCCUCCUGUGUUUGACCUCCACUCUCUCUCCUCUGGUCCUCCUGGGUUUGACCUCCACUCUCUCUCCUCUGGUCCUCCUGGGUUUGACUUCCACUCACUCUUCCUCUGGUCGGGGAUGGGAGCUACCUCUGGUGUGUGUUCUCUGUUCUUCUCACCCUCCGUGUCGGCUCGUGACACAGCUUAUUAAUGGUCCACGGGGGUGACAGAACUGACUUAUUGACUGGAGGCUUCAUUAGCAGGCUCCACUCCUGAGGUGGUCCAUUUUUGGCUGAAGUGUCAAAGUCAGCUGCCCUCUGAGAUGGCACCUCUCCCCUGUCUGUCUCACACCCAGUCUAAAUCAACCUACAUCUCUAGAUUGAUCUAAAAACAUCACAGAGAAAUCUGUUUGAGUGUAAAUAAUGCCAGAACCAUUCUGUUUCUAUAGGCUCAGUGGGGAUGUCCAUGUUGACCCUGGCCAAACCAUUCCAAACAGGCUUUUGUGCAGACAGUCAAUUAGGAGCUCUUUGGUAAACAGCUGAUGAUGAGAGGCUAUUAUAAAUGUGGGCACACAGACAGAGGGUUGCCCACCUGUGUGAGUUAUCCAAGGUGCUUUAAUACUCUAAUCACACACCUUCUAAGCACAGUUCAGCCUUGGCCAAUUAGCACGCGGCAUCCUGGGAUACAGACUCUCAUUAAUUAUUCAUUACCACAUUAUUUAUAAUCAAAGUGAAAUAUCCAUGUCACAGACUCAAAAAAGGGCAAGCUAUAGGCUACCACCUCAAUGCAUCCACCACACGCUGUGAUGGGAGAAUGCAAUUUCAGGACAAACAAUGCAAUUUGGGCAAAGGAGGCUGGUGGGACGAGCUAUAGGAGGAUGGGCUCAUUGUAAUGGCUGGAAUGGAAUAAAUGGAAUGGUAUCAAACAGAUAGAAACAUAUGGAAACCACAUGUUUGACUCCGUUCCAUUUAUUCAAUUCCAGCCAUUACAAUGAGCCCGUCCUCCUAUAGCUCCUUACACCAGCCUCCUCUGAAUUUGGGUCUACCUUAAUUUCAAUAUUGAGUAAAUAGCCAGGCAAAGAAAUGCAGUAAUCAUGACAGCCAUUGUGUCAGGAAGUCUCAGAAGCCUGCAGAAGCAUCUGUAUUUACUUUGCAUUCAUUCUGCAACUCUGGCUGCUCAGCCUAGCAGCCAGUCACCGUGUGGGGCUCUCUGUUUAGGCCAACACAUCAUAAAAGCAGGGAGACUGAAAAGUGCUGAUGGCGAUGAAGGAGUCACACUCCACACCACUGUUAUACAGUUUCAGGUCUGGCACCCUCAAAAUGAGUAUCCAUACAGUAAUUACACACAGAGAUAGAGACAAGCCAGAUAGCUGGUGAGCCAUUCAUGUGCAAAGCACCAUCCUACUUAGUAUGCAUAUCACUGGAACCAGAGCAAUAUGGCAAGCCUGGUUUGAGGCGAAACGCAACUUGUUGUGCAUAACUACGAGAGACGAGAGGGAGGGCCUGUGUUUAUGUGUGAGUAAUCAUUGAGUUAAUAUAAUCGGCUGUGUGUGUGUUUGUGUGUGUGUGAGUGGGUGGGUGUACAGUAUGUGUGUGUGUGUGUCUGUGUGCGUACUUGUGUGUGUGUGGCAGAGGUAGUUCACAGGAACGUUGUUGCUCGUCUCUGGUGGAUAGAGCAUGCAUGACAGACUCUUCAAUGAGCACUGGGCUCCUAAAAUAAACGGCCCCAUCAUACGGCCCAAGAGACAGCUCUGGUGGUGCUGAGAAGAGGCCCUGCAGCUAGGGAGCCACUGAGGACUCCUUCUGACAGACAUCUCACCCAAUUAACAUUCAGCAUGCAUCCCAAGGCUACAGGCAGCCAAUACUUUCAAAUUAACAUGACUUCAACAACAAGGAGAGGUAGUCCAGUUUUAGUGGCACUACCAACAACAGAAGGACACCAUGCAUGUCCAGACAUGUUGGAAUCCACAGCUUGAAAAUUGGUUUAGAAACUUGAGGUUGAGAAUGCCAUCAAACAAUUCUGGACAAAUUGAGCUUAUUCCUGUGAAAACUAAAUGUUAAAUUGAUUAUUUUGUAAAUGCAUUUUGACAUCAGUGCAUUUGAAGUACAGAAUUUUUGAAUUAUGACAAAUUGUAUAAAUGGUGUGAGGGUGUGAAGAAACAACUAGGUUACAAGGGGUUGAGUGUUAAGGACAAACAUAGCCUGCCACACCAUGCACCAUGCAGGUGGAGAGAAGCACAUGCACUCUGUCCCUGAACUGGUCUGGGCCCUGAGUGGCAGUGCCAAGGAUGGGUCUAUACCAGGCUCAGAGAAAGAGCCCGCUGACAGGCAGCUGCCUGACCUGGCACCACUCCUGGCUCCUCAUAGCUACAGAUCCCAUAAUGACUGUGAAAAAUGCCCUGUCACCUUUCACAUGUCACAUAUGGUGUCACAGUUUACAGGAUGUCACUCCCAGGCAUCAAUGCGUCACAUGGAUUAGGGAAUCUAGUGAAGAAACACAGGAAAGAAGGACAAACAGCAGAAAUGUUUGUUCUGUCUGUUGUUCAGAGUGUCUGCAAGUUCAAACAGGUCCUUGUCCGCACCCAAUAUUUACUGUUGAACAUAAAAGUAAUCUGAGGAAUAGAGAUUGUGAAUUUGUUUUGCCAUAGUUUAUUAAAAAUAUGUCUGGGUUAUUUUGAUAGCGGUAUUGAUGAUAAACAGUACCGCAGUUCAAUAGUUGAUCCAUAUCUUUAUCAUAUUUUCUUCUUUCUUAAGUUGCAGGUCUGUUGUAGUCUAAUGGAGAGAGAGGUGGAAGGCUGUUUUUUAAAAAGUCGUUCACUGCCUCCACUGUCAGAUAUGAAUUAGUGAAAUAAUUUUUUAAGAUCUAAAAUGUUUCUGACAUUUCAGCAGCAAGCAAAUCUAAUGGAUUUUUUACGAGCGUAUUUGCUCAACAUCCUGCCAUUUCGUGCUUAUUAAUGCAUGGCCUUUUACAGGGCAUUUACUAAGAUAUGGGGCUGGAGCUGUAACAAAGCCAGCAUAUCAUUAUUCACACUUCACAAAGCCCAUCGCAGGUGCUUUCAUGUGUACAUAAUGUCCUUGUUUUUGUAUAUAUCCAGAUCCUGUAUUUGAUCACAUAGUCAAAUGUAAUGGAGGUGAACAUAAGGUACAAUGUGACCUUAACAGGAAUGAAGCUAGAAUAAUUAAAGUGAGGCCUUCAACUGUUUCCCAUUGUGCCAAUUAAUGUGCCCUUUUUCUAUAAUGGCCUUGGCACUGUUCUCUUUCUCACCUCCCUCCCUUCCUCCCCUUAUUCCUCCCUCCCUCCGUCGCACACACACACACACACACACACACACACACACACACACACACACACACACACACACACACACACACACACACACACACACACACACACACACACACACACACACACACACACACACGUACAUGCAUGCACACAGCCACAUACACAUACACACACGCACACGCACACGCACACACACAAACACGCUCACAGUUACACACACAAAAAAAAAACACACACACACAAUUUGAGGAGUGUAGAGUUUUAACAUGAUUCAGUGCAGGUUAAACAAGUAAUAGAUGCGAUAAUGAAUGUCAUCACCUCAGACCCUAAUGCAAAAUAGAACAAACACAAACUCUGAUAUUUAAAUAUAAAAGUUCACCCAAAUGUCAAAAAAGUCCAUUAAAAUGGCUGAAUAGAACCCUCAGAGCAGGUAAUUAAUCUAUUUUGAAUUCAAAAGUGGAGAAACAUAACAUUUCAAUGAUAAUGACAUUUUGAGUGGCUCCACGCUGUCAUGUUUUGUGACUGGUGAGUCACUGAAUUAAAUUCAUAUUAUGUCACCGUCUGAGCAUGAGUGGAAAGAACUUUACUUCAACCUUAUCAUUUCAGCAAAAUCAAGCCAAGCUAAUUGACAGCUCAGGUAAGAACAAACCAUGGAACUGCAUGGGCCACUGACUCCUGAAGAGUGCACAAGAAUAUGUUAAAAAUCAAUCAAUAAAUACUUUUCAACCAAACUUUUACUUGAAUACGAUUUAAUCACACUAUAUAAGAGCAUUGCUGAUUACAUGAAGGGACAAAUCCCUACAUGAACAUUGUAAACUUGUGGGAUUGGAUGAGGUAUGUGCAGUUAGGUACACGUCUAUUAUUCCCUUGGGAGCCAUUAAAGAGGGUGACUUGCAGGCCGCCUGUUUCUCAGUGUGGGACUAAGCUAGAGUAAUUUGUGAGUUGUGUGGAGUGAGGAGAACUGGGCCCACCGAGUGGCCGUGGCAGUGUCAGGUCCAGAGCCGGGAUAAUGAGUCAGGUUGGAUCAUUAGGGCACUGAGACGUGCACACACUGAGACGUGCACACAAAGAACCAGACUUCAAAAGCCUCAGUGGAGCAAUGGCUCCACACAUCUCCUUUGACCACAUUGUAAAAGUCACACAUACAAAAGACAAGAAAUAGGAAAAACACUUAGUUUUUCUUCCUCAGUUGUAAUGUGGAGCUGUCUCUGAAAUCUCAUUCAGUCUUUACUUCUGGAAGUCAUUUAACAUCCUCUCAUCUUUUUCAAAAGAAAUAAAAAGUACUGUUUUUUUUUGAAGGAGAGAAAAAUAAGCAAAGAAAGCAGGCCAUGUCAGAAUCAGAGUGAUGCAGCACUCACACAUUCUACGGCACUCAUACAAGCCCUAAGGGAAAGUUAACAUACAGUAUGUUUCAGCCAUACAUUAUUAUGGGGACAUAGGGGUUGUAGUGCAUGUCUGACAUCACUACUCAUAAUGACAUCAGGAGUAGCUAUACUGUAGCUUUUCUUCAACACUUGAAUUGACACACAGACUUCACCUUAACUUCACCUUGAUUCAAACCAAUUGUAGGAAAGUUUGACAUCCUCAUUUGUUCAAUUUAGACAUUAUGGAAUCCUUUACCCUCCCCAACAGUCCUUUAGCUUGCCAUUGUUGGGUAGAGCUCCAGAGUUUAAUGAUAUGUGAGUGGAGCUGUUGCAGAUAAGAUGGACUCUGACAGCUCUGCUCCAGCACUGCGGGACCACUGCAAAUGUCAGGAGCCAGACUACUGCAUGUGGGGAGAGGUACAGGGGAGAAAGAGAGAAGGAGAGGUGUAGUGUGGGCUGUGUUUUUAGUUUGGAAUGUGUGUGUUGGGGGUUUUCUGAGGGGAUAUUCCAGGCCUCAGGGUUAGAAGAGGCUGGCUACUGUACCGUGUCUAACACCCCCCUAGCCCAACACUCUGAGCUGAGGGAACCAUCUUACUGAGGAUGGUUUAAGUUAACACAGCCAUCAACACGUCAGUCCGCGGGGCUCUGCUAGGUGAGUCGGCAGGCAGAACAGGGGUAAUUCUAAAUGGAUCUGCUCCAACAAACGGUCAAAGCUCUGGAGUCCCAGCCCGUGAUGAGAACUGAGAGGUUAGACAGACUCACAUUAAGGAUGAGCCUGCCUUUCACAUCAACGCUCAACGCUCACAGAGCUCAGGCUUUAAAAGCUCUCUGAGGACCCAGACUGGUAGAAAGAAGCAGAGAGAUAGAGAGUGAGUCACUACACAAGGCUUUGCUAUUCCCUGCUCCUAAUGAUGACUCAUGCCUAACCUUUACCAAGAUACUACAGCAUUGUCUAUAGAUUACAAACUAUUUAAUUUCCUCCACACAAAGGUAAGAAAUGAUGGGCCUUAUUGCUUAAAAAUACUGGGGCGAAGCACCGGUAUGGGAUGUGCAUAUCUCUCUCUCUUUUUCUUCCUUUAAGGUCUUAUUCAAAAGACUACAAAAUAAAAAGCAGAGCAGGUAUUUGGUCCAGUGUGUACCAUGCAUAGGCCUACAGAUAUAGCCAAGCGACCCCUGGUUCAGUGUAACGUCGCUAACAUGCUGACUACACCGGCCACGUGCUUGUGAUCAGACACGAUCAUUAAAUUUAAAUUUUAGUCAUUUAGCAGACACUCUUAUCCAGAGCGACUUACAGUUAGUGAGUGCAUACAUUUUCAUACAGGCCCCCCGUGGGAAACGAACCCACAACCCUGGCGUUGCAAGCGCCAUGCUCUACCAACUGAGCUACAGGGGACAUGUCAUGCAGGUUAAAAUAUCAAAACCAACUGUGAACCAACUAUAUUAAUUUGGGGGCAUGUCAAAACACACAUGAAACAUUCAUGGACAUCUAGCUAGUUGCUAUUGCUAGCUAAUUUGUCCUGAGAGAUGAACACUGGGUUGUUAUUUUACCUGACAUACAUAUGGUCUUCUUUUUAGCUGGUUCUUUGUAGAAUUUAGACCUGGAGUCAUACAAAAUUGUGUGUUUCUCUACUCUGACGAUUAAUCCACAGAUAGAAAGGGAAACCUAGUUCAUUUUUAGUUCGUUAUCUGUGAUUAAUCUCUCAUUGUUUGUCUUUCAAGCAUCCACUUGGGUUUGUAUCUUCCUGAUACCCAAUAAGGAGGGGAUUUGCAGUGCACAGAGCAUCUCAAAUAAAACCAAGUUCUAUUUUAGCGCUUGGCAACGCAUACGCUAAUUCACGCGUGCAAGCGGUGUGUGUGAAAUUAUUGAAUAAUAUGUACUGUAUGUGUAAAUGUAUUUUGCAACACUGGCAGGCACAAUGUGGCCGGUGUGGUUUGCCUGUAAUGGGGCCCCAUGAGGAUGGAGGAUGGCCUGCGUGUUGCAGACUUCAGUGACAAGUGUAUCCCAGGUCAGGUCACCUUCUCAGAGCUACAGCAGAGCCAUAUCAGAACAUCAUGACUCAUGUUCCCAAUGGUACGGCUGCUCCUGUCUUCUCCCUCAUGUAAAGAAGCACUCAGAGUUAUACUGAGAUGAGAAAAGACAUUAUUAAUAGCAGGAGGGUUUAUGGGGUAAGGGGCACUUGGAGUUUACAGUCUUUAAUACUGGAUGUACAUGUAAAUUGCUGUGUGUGUGUGUGUGUGUGUGUGUGUGUGUGUGUGUGUGUGUGUGUGUGUGUGUGUGUGUGCGUGCGUGCGUGCGUGCGUGUAUGUAUGUGCAUGUCUGUGUACAUCAUCAUACUUCUGGAUGAUUCCUUACUAAACUAUAACAUGAUUUUGGGGGAUUUUCACGAAACGUAAUCCAUAGAAGGGUCCUGUGGAGGAAGAACUGUUGAGAAAUAUUUGACAUUUGUAUUUUAAAGCAUAAUUGAGAAAUAAUUUAUUGAAGUUGGAAAAUGUUUGACAUUUUGGCCUUACCCAGGCCUCCUUUAAGACUCCAUGUUUCAUUACAUUUACAUUUACGUUAUUUAGCAGACGCUCUUAUCCAGAGCGACUUACAAAUUGGUGCAUUCACCUUAUAGCCAGUGGGAUAACCACUUUACAAUAUGUUUUUUAUUUUUUUAUUUUUUAUUCUUUUUUGGGUGGGGUGGGGUAAGGGGGGGUAGAAGGAUUACUUUAUCCUAUCCCAGGUAUUCCUUAAAGUGGUGGGGUUUCAAGUGUCUCCGGAAGGUGGUGAGUGACUCCGCUGUCCUGGCGUCGUGAGGGAGCUUGUUCCACCAUUGGGGUGCCAGAGCAGCGAACAGUUUUGACUGGGCUGAGCGGGAACUGUGCUUCCGCAGAGGUAGGGGGGCCAGCAGGCCAGAGGUGGAUGAACGCAAUGCCCUCGUUUGGGUGUAGGGACUGAUCAGAGCCUGAAGGUACGGAGGUGCCGUUCCUCCUACCUGUAGGUGCUACAAAACAAAAUAAAUGGUAAUAUGAAGCUUUACACUGUAAUAUGAGUAGUAUUUUGAUUUCAAUAUCAAUUCUUAAUUAGGAAUAUAAAAAAAUCAAAAGAUGAAUAUUGAAAAUAUUUUUUUAAAUGUUUGUCUUAUUUUUCAAUAUAGAGGAAUCACCCUUCUAUUAAAACUCUUUCAUUGACAUCAGUUGGAUACCUAAAUAAAUUACACUAAGAUAUUCCUAAAACUCCAAACCUGACAGUCUCAAAGUCUCGUCAGCACAUUUGUAAGCAUAGCUGUACAUGAUUUUCAUCAUCUCAGGAAAAAAAAACGACAACACAAAUAUUAUACAGCAAUUUUCCCCUCGUAAAUCUGUCGUUACAUAAACUGUCUGGCCUAGUAGUUUGCUAAUAGUGUAAACCCAAUGUUAGAGACGUUAUCAGAGGAUUAUGUUUGGAUUAUACAGUAAUGAUGAACACAUAAGCACUGAGGAGAGACGAUUACAUAUAGACAUCUGUCCAUCCCAUAAUAUUCCUGGAUAUGAAAUAUGACUUAACCCUGACACACAGGAGAUGAUUUACUCUGUAAAACCAAUGGAAGUCUAUGGAGGGAAUCUCAAUGACUUACAACUGUGGCUGUUUUUCUAUGACUAUUUUUAAAAGACUGACUACCGGGCAAUUGAGAGCACCAGACAGUAAUGAUCUAAUUUUAAACUUUAAGCUCAUUUUAAACUGUAAACUCAUUUUAAACUGUAAGCUCAUUUUAAACGGCAAAACUCAUUCUCACUCUCGGCUGUCUCUGUCUGUGUCUGAGAGUUGAAAGGCUGAGAAAUAUGUCACUCAUGGACAGCUCCUUCUCAGUUAAAGUACCCGUCCAAAGUUUGGACACACCUACUCAUUCCAGGGUUUUUCUUUAGUUUUACUAUUUUCUACAUUGUAGCAUAAUAGUGAAGACAUCAGAACUAUGAAAUAACACAUGUGGAAUCAUGAAGUAACCAAAAAAUGUUCAACAAAUACAAAUAUAUGUUAUAUUUUAGAUUCUUCAAAGUAGCCACCCUUUGCCUUGAUGACAGCUUUGCACACUCUUGGCAUUCUCUCAACCAGCUUCACCUGGAAUGUUUUUCCAACAGUCUUGAAGGAGUUCCCACAUAUGCUGAGCACUUGUUGGCUGUUUUUCCUUCACUCUGCGGUCCAACUCAUCACAAACCAUCUCAAUUGGGUUGAGGUCGGGUGAUUGACGUGGCCAGGUCAUCUGAUGCAGCACUCCAUCACUCUCCUUCUUGGUCAAAUAGCCCUUACACAGCCUGGAGGUGUGUAAGGGCUAAGCGCAAACCAGAUCGGAUGGCGUAUCGCCGCAGAAUGCUGUGGUAGCCAUGCUGUUUAAGUGUGCCUUGAAUUCUAAAUAAAUCACUGGCAGUGUCACCAGCAAAGCACCCCCACACCAUCACACCUCCUCCUCCAUCCUUCACGGUGGGAACCAUACAUCCGUUCACCUACUCUGCGUCUCACAAAGACACGGCGGUUGGAACCAAAAAUCUAAAACUUUGACUCAUCAGACCAAAGGACAGAUUUCCACUGGUCUAAUGUCCAUUGCUCGUGUUUAUUGGCCCAAGCAAGUCUCUUCUUCUUAUUGGAGUCCUUUAGUAGUGGUUUCUUUGCUGUAAUUCGACCAUGAAGGCCUGAUUCACGCAGUCUCUAAUGAACUUAUCCUCUGCAGCAGAGGUAACUCUGGGUCUUCCUUUCUUGUGGCGGUCCUCAUGAGAGCCAGUUUCAUCAUAGCACUUGAUGGUUUUUGCGACUGCACAAAUAGGGCUAUCUUCUGUAUACCAACCCUACCUUGUCACAACACUACUGAUUGGCUCAAACGCAUUAAGAAGGAAAGAAGUUCCACAAAUUAACUUUAAGGAAGGCACACCUGUUAAUUGAUAUGCAUUCCAGGUGACUACCUCAUGAAGCUGGUUGAGAGAAUGCCAAGAGUGUGCAAAGCUGUCAUCAAGGCAAAGGGUGGCUACUUUGAAGAAUCUCAAAUAUAACAUAUAUUUUGAUUUGUUUAACACUUUUAUGGUUACUAUAUGAUUCCAUAUGUGUUAUUUCAUAGUUUUGAUGUCUUCACUAUUAUUCUACAAUGUAGAAAAUAGUAAAAAUAAAGAAAAACCCUGGAAUGAGUAGGUGUGUCCAAACCUUUGACUGGUACUGUAGGUCCAAAUAUAUUUUUAGAGGGGCUAACAUUAUUGCCAAAUAGGUGUUCACCCUACAAUCAACCCAGCUUUAAUAAAGUAAAGCAAGGGAAGUGUAUACUUGUACUGGGAUAGUAGCAGGUACUGUAUACAUAUAUUGCUAACUGGCAUCUAUGGAAUAAGUGGAGCAUCAGCUUUCUACUAUACUAUACAGUUGAGAGUUAAUAUUUACAUUUGACAUUUUUGACAUAUUUUAGUCAUUUAGCAGACGCUCUUAUCCAGAGUGACUUACAGUUAGUGAGUGCAUAUAUUUUUCAUACUGUAAUAAAAUGCGUAGUGCUGAUAUCCAUCCACUUACAAUGAUGGAUGUGCUUAAAUGUCCACAGAUGGAGGACACAAUUAUAUUUCAUCACUCACUCACUCCCCAUCUGGCUUGCUGGUACUGAUAGCCAUGUGUACACAGAGCACAUUACUACUCACAUGCUACUAACAUGGAGAGAAGGGCUUUGGUUUGAGUUCAAACAGUUCAAAGUGAGGAGGUUUUCUUGGAUAGACUUAUCUUAAUAGAUAAGAAUCACCUAAAUUAGACAGGGGACCGAGUGGCGUCACCACAGACCCGGGUUCGAUCCCGGGCUGUAUCACAACCGGCUGUGAUCGGGAGUCCCAUAGGGCGGCACACAAUUGGCCCAGCAUCGUCCGGGUUAGGGGAGGGUUUGGCCUGGGUAGGCCAUCAUUGUAAAUAAGAAUUUGUUCUUAACUGACUUGCCUAGUUAAAUAAAGGUUAAAUAAAAAUGCUGCUUUGGGAGUCCAUUGCUUGCUUUUAAAGACUGAACAAGUCUAAAAUGUUUCCCAGAGAUCUACUAUAUAAUCUGCUAGGUUCUCUUAGUUUCAUUUUUAAAUUGACUUUAUUACUUGAUGGUGCACUUUCAGCCUCUCUCUUCAUCUUUAUGGAUUUGUGCUGUACCCUGUUCAGAAAUUAUGUUCUGGUUAGUGCUGGAUGAAAUACAAGAGAGUCAAUGUGCAGAAUCUGCAGCACUCUGAAUGUGGCAACAAAUGUAACAGAGAUUGAUUUCAGCUGGUCUGAAGGAGGCUUAGGUGGACAUUGAUCUCUAUGGGUGCAUUCCAGAGGAGUCUGGUGGGAGUAGCUAUAGGAGGACGUCUCAUUGUAAUGGCUGGAAUGGAAUUAUUGGAACUGAGUACUUUUUAAAAUGUAUUGCUAAGUCCACACUCCUACAGGACAGUGUUGACUGAGACAUCUGUCUGUGAUGUAACUCCUAAUGCCCAGCACCCUGCACCUGACAAGUUUGCCUGACUGGAGCCAUCACAAUAACCUUCCCUCCAUCACCCUGAGCAGGAGAAAGAGCAUUUGACCCCCAGCUUCACUCCUUUAUACGUGAGCAGUGAUGUUGAAAAAAGACUAAGUGAGCAACUCCAGUCAUCUGUGAAGAUCAGCCAUACAAGUCUCACCUUCCUACAGAGAAGCAUGUUUCUUUCUCAAAGGCAGCUAUCACAACCAUUGCCUAAUCACACAAUGGCUGGGGCUCACUGUGUGUAGUAAUACUCAAACAAAAUGUAAUUCUCCCAUUCUUUGGCAAUAUUAAUCACUUCGUGUGGAGGCAUCAGUGUGGUUCUCCUGUGAUUCUUCAUGUGGAAAUGUGGGUCAGGAGAAGUGCUCAUGGACAUAAUAUGAAGAUUAGGUCUCUCUCGCUGAUAGAAAAAAAGUCAACUGGGUCAGGAUGCUUUGGUACGAGAAUUGAAUGUACUCUGUUGGAGAGCAUUCAAAAUGUCAACAGGAAAUAUUUUGCAAUUAAUUAUUGUCUUUAAUAAAAUAGCGACCGCUUUAUGAAAUUAUUUUAUGUAUGACAAAACAUGUUGUAAAAAGCACGUGAGCAUGAUGCCAACAGGCUAUUUAAAAUUAAAUAUUAUACAAUUAAAUAAAUACACAAUUAUUAACUAGCUUUUCCAGAACCUGUCUGUGAACUACUGCUAUGUUCCAAAUGCAAAACAACUCUAGCCCACACAGCAGGAACCCAAUCCUUCAGAAUACCUAAUAGUAGCAUAGCAGGCAUAGUAGUAGAGAUGUUAGAUAUUCUCUAAUUAUUUAAUAUUUUCUCCAUGUGAUCUUGACCAUCAUAGACUAUAAAAGAAAGGCAGAUAGACAGGCUGACAGGUUGAACAGUCAGCCUGGAGUAAUAGAGAGAAGAAGAGAGCUUUUCUGGCUGGCUUGUUAUUAACCAGAGGAAAAUGUUUACUGGGCUGAGUGAUUUGGACAAACACAUACAGUGCCUUCAGAAAGUAUUCACACCCGCUGACUUUUUCCACAUUUUGUUGUGUUACAGCCUGAAUUUAAAAUAGAUUAAAUUGAUAUUUUGUGUCACUGGCCUACAUACUAUACCCCAUAAUGUCAAAGUAAAUUUUUGAGAAUUUGAGAAUUCUUUACAAAUUGAUAAAAAAUUAAAAGCUGAAAUGUCUUGAGUCAAUAAGUAUUCAACCCCAUUGUUAUGGCAAGCCUAAAUAAGUUAAUUUGCUUAACAAGUCACAUAACAAGUUGCAUGGACUCACUCUGUGUGCAAUAAUAGUGUUUAACAUAAUUUUUUGAAUGACUACCUCAUCUCUGUACCCAACACAUACAAUUAUCUGGAAUUCAGGGAAUUUCGAACACAGAUUCAAUCACAAAGACCAGGGAGGUUUUCCAAUGCCUCGCAAAGAAGGGCACCUGGUACAGUAUAUGGAAGUGGUGUAAAGUACUUAAGUAAAAAAUACUUUUUAUUUUAUUUAUUUAUUUCACCUUUAUUUAACCAGGUAAGCCAGUUGAGAACAAGUUCUCAUUUACAACUGCGACCUGGCCAAGAUAAAGCAAAGCAGUGCGAUAAAAACAACACAGAAUUACAUAUGGGGUAAAAAACAUAAAGUCAAAAAUACAACAGAAAAUAUAUAUACAGUGUGUGCAAAUGUAGCAAGUUAUGGAGGUAAGGCAAUAAAUAGGCUAUAGUGCAAAAUAAUUACAAUAGUAUUAACACUGGAAUGCUAGAUGUGCAAGAGAUUAUGUGCAAAUAAAGAUACUGGGGUGCAAAAGAGCAAAAUAAAUAACAAUAUAGGGAUGAGGUAGUUGGGUGGGCUAAUUUCAGAUGGGCUGUGUACAGGUGCAGUGAUCGGUAAGGUGCUCUGACAACUGAUGCUUAAAGUUAGUGAGGGAGAUAAGAGUCUCCAGCUUCAGAGAUUUUUGCAAUUCGUUCCAGUCAUUGGCAGCAGAGAACUGGAAGGAAUGGCGGCCAAAGGAGGUGUUGGCUUUGGGAAUGACCAGUGAGAUAUACCUGCUGGAGCGCAGACUACGGGUGGGUGCUGCUAUGGUGACCAAUGAGCUAAGAUAAGGCGGGGAUUUGCCUAGCAGUGAUUUAUAGAUGGCCUGGAGCCAGUGGGUUUGACGACGAACAUGUAGUGAGGACCAGCCAACAAGAGCGUACAGGUCACAGUGGUGGGUAGCGUAUGGGGCUUUGGAGACAAAACGGAUGGCACUGUGAUAGACUACAUCCAAUUUGCUGAGUAGAGUGUUGGAGGCUAUUUUGUAAAUGACAUCGCCAAAGUCAAGGAUCGGUAGGAUAGUCAGUUUUACGAGGGCAUGUUUGGCAGCAUGAGUGAAGGAGGCUUUGUUGCGAAAUAGGAAGCCGAUUCUAGAUUUAACUUUGGAUUGGAGAUUCUUUAUGUGAGUCUGGAAGGAGAGUUUACAGUCUAACCAGACACCUAGGUAUUUGUAGUUGUCCACAUACUCUAGGUCAGACCCGUCAAGAGUGGUGAUUCUAGUCGGGUGGGCGGGUGCCAGCAGCGUUCGAUUGAAAAGCAUGCAUUUAGUUUUACUAGUGUUUAAGAGCAGUUGGAGGCUACUGAAGGAGUGUUGUAUGGCAUUGAAGCUCGUUUGGAGGUUUGUUAACACAGUGUCCAAUGAAGGGCCAGAUGUAUACAAAAUGGUGUCGUCUGCGUAGAGGUGGAUCUGAGAGUCAAGUACUUGAAAGUACUACUUAAGUAGUUUUUUGGGUAUCUGUGCUAUUUAUAUUUUUGACUACUUUUACUUUUACUACCUUCCUAAAGAAAAUGAUAUACUUUUUACUCCAUACAUUUUCACUGACACCCAAAAGUACUUGUUACAUUUUGAAUGCUUAGCAGGACAGGAAAAUGGUACAAUUCAUGCACUUAUCAAGAGAACAUCAUGGUCAUCUCUACUGCCUCUGACCUGGCAGAGUCACUAAAUACACAUGCUUCGUUUAUAAAUUAUGUUGGAGCGUGCUCCCGACUAUCCGUAAAUUAAACAAAACAAGAAAAUGGUGCCGUCUGGUUUGCUUAAUAUAAGGAAUUUGAAAUUAUUUAUACUUUUACUUUUGAUACUUAAGUAUAUUCAAAACUAAAUACUUUUAGACUUUUACUCAAGUAGGGUUUUACUGGGUAACUUUCACUUUUACUUGAGUCAUUUUCUGUUAAGGUAUCUUUACUUUUACUCAAGUAUGACAAUGGGUACUUUUUCCACCACUGAUAGAUGGGUAAAAAAAAAAAAAAGCAGACAUUGAAUAUCCCUUUGAGCAUGUUAUUAAUUCGACUUUGGAUGGCGUACCAGUCACUACAAAGACACAGGCGUCCUUCUUGACUCAACUGCCGGAGAGGAAGGAAACCGCUCAGGGAUUUCACCAUGAGGCCAAUGGUAACUUUAAAACAGUUACAGAGUUUAAUGGCUGUGAUAGGAGAAAACUGAGGAUGGAUCAAAACAUGUAUUAGUAUAUAUAUAUUUUUUAGCAAAGUUAAUACAGAUGUGGAUAGUUAUUUGUGAAACAGAGAAUCAGCAGCAGACAGUGUAGACUAGGAGAUGCUCACAAGGAGAGAGACGAAAUGGGUGAUAGACAGCUAGAUCUCGCCCCACAGCUGGUCAUGCAGAAACAAAGUGGAAAAUACCCUCCACAUCAAAUGUGUAUAUCUAGGCAAAACCAUGGUAGUCAGAGAUGGACUUUUACCUCAGAAGGUUUGGUGGGGUCAUGAACACUAAUGUGAGAGUUGCCAUGAAAUACACAAACUUAACAUUGAUAAUGGAUGACCAAUAAGGGAGUAAAUGUUACCAAAGAACACAUUUGCAUCUUUGGCGUAGCCUAUAUUUUCAGGCUAUUAGUAUGGUGAUAUUAGACCUUUAAUGGGGAAUUUAUUAUAGUGAUAUUUAUUCUAAUCAACAGUGACCCAAAAUAGUAUUCAAUUUCCCCUGGAUUAGUUGCCUGUACCGGAGGAGAAAAACAUCAGCUCAGGUAAGUGGCUUCCAUAAAGACAGAGGCUAGUGGCUCAUACCAUGGGUUUGAGUUAAAUAACCAUUCUCCUUAGCGUGAUUCAAUGAAAGUUACCUGAGGACUUGGCAUGUGAGCAGAUGUUCUGAUACGGUCAAACAUAGCAUGCAGAUACAGUACAGCAUAUUAGGAUGAUGUCCUCAGGACUCUGACAAGACCUCGUCUCCCUGCAUGGCGUAGCGUGUUUAUUAAUGGCCCACAACAGGCUGACAGUAGACUAACAGGCUAAACAGCUGAUACAGCUCAUAAUAAGAAGAAUAGUGGAAUCUGGGUAAUGCAUGUCUGGAAUCCACCGUUUAGCCAAUCAGAAUGCGUGGCUGAAUAGAAUUUACCGUUUCAAGGGAAAACACAAAAAUAGUAAACAUCACAUCUCAGCAUAGUGUUCAAUUCCUUUCAAAUGUUUAGUGUGUUCUCAAAAACAGCAAUAGAUAGCCUAUAGGUUGCUUGUGUUAAGAUCUGUUUUUGUUGCUGUUUCGUUUUACCUCUCAGUAGGAGCAGAGCUUGGCUCUAUCUCCUGAGGACCUAUCUAUUUAUCCCACCUCAGAGAAACAGAUGGAGGCGUGCAGCGGGUGGUCCCUGAAUAAGACCAAUUACCCAGACACAGACACAGACAGUCCUGGCAUACCAGCACUACACGUUGGCAGGAUAGCACCAUACGAGGAGGGCAAAGCAUGAGCAGCCAUGAUCAAUUAUUUGCAGUAUUCUCACUCUCCUCUCCGUCUCUCUCGCUCUCUCUCUCUCUCUCGCUCUCUCUCUCCAUCUCUCUCUCUCUCUCUCUCUCUCUCUCUCUCUCUACCCAGCUCUCUUUCUCUACCCAUCUCUCUCUCUCUCUCUCGCUCUCUCUACCCAUAUCUCGCUCUCUCGCUCUCUCUAUGUUCAGACUGAGGUGGUCGUUAUAGUGUCACAGAUAAUGGGUUAGAUUUUUUCUUUUGGGGUUGGCUGAGAAGGCUCUCUCCAUAAAGAUAUAAAUCUUUAGUAGUUUUUCAGCCGUUCAAGAAAAAAUGUCUAAUAAAAAUGCUAUAAAAUGAUUACAUCAGUACAAUAAAUAAAUAUUGAAGGUUUGUGAGGUUGUUUACAACUCAGAACAGCCCAGUCUCUUAGAAAGUGAAAAGAUAAAAGCUAGCUGCUCAGAGGGGAAUUUGUAAAUCCACAGAAACAAGGCAAGUUAUUGAUUAAUCAAUAUGUCAGUCAAGGAGCUGUUGCUGAGUGGCACAGAGAGACACAGAGAGAGGAGAUAGGAAGACAGAGACAAACAGAGAGAUGCUCAUCUCUCAUCAAAGUCCUGAUGUAUACUGCCCCAGACACCCAUGAAUAGGAGAUGUGUCACGCUCGUUGAUAGAUGGAUCAGACCAAGGUGCAGCGUGGUAUGCGUACAUAUUCCUUUAUUAACUGAAUACAGAAUCAAAACAACAAAUUACAAACGAACGUGACGUUCAACAGGCUACACAAGCCAAAACAGAAACAAGAUCCUACAACUAAGGUAGGCAAAAUGGCUGCCUAAGUAUGAUCCCCAAUCAGAGACAACGAUAGACAGCUGCCUCUGAUUGGGAACCACACCCGGCCAACAUAGAAAUAAAACAGCUAGAAAUUCACACCCUGACCAAACCAACUAGAGAAAACAGGGCUCUCAAGGUCAGGGCGUGACAAGGGCGUCAAAGGAUCCCUCCCUUUUUUCACUGGAUGUGGGGAGAUAAUCUUUUUGAUUACCUAUCACCAGUAAUAUGGUUGUGGAAAGUCAAAUUAACACGUUUUUUAAGCAUAUUUUUCCUAAAUAGGAAUAGUAUCUGUGUUUCACCACAACAGCAACCUGAAUCUAAUCCCUAGAUAGAGGAGGCAGAGAAAUACGCUUUGUUACAGCGCCACAAAAAACAACAAUACAGAGCCUGAUCUUUUGUCAGCAUUUGGGUGCACCAUUGGGUCAGGAGAUAAGCAAUCCCCUGUGGACUGUGGACAGAUGUGAUCCGUCUCUGGCUGCAUCUCUGUUCCUUGCUCACUGCCCAGAUCAGACGGUGACCUGUGGAGAAACAGCUCUGCCCUGGGGGUCUGAAAGGCAGCAGGAGCUUUUGACACAUCAGCCGUCAUCAUCAGAGGUGAUGGGAGAUAGCACCGCGCUAUAGAGAACAUGGGCCAAUCAUCAGAAGUGAUGUGAGAGAGCACAGAGAUAAAGAUAUUUUGGUCUGUCAUCAGAGGCGAUGGGAGAGAGCACAGAGAUACAGAGAACAUGGACCAGUCAUGAUCCUACUACAACUAAUUAACCCAGAACUGAAGUCUUGAGUAAUUGAUCAGCGGCUCGAUUAAGUUCUGGGUCCAUACAUGUUAAGAGAAGGGAUUAUUAAGAGAUGCUAGAAUGAGGAGCGGAACCGGAACGAGGAACUCCACCCUCUCUUUGCAGGUGAUUUGUCCAAAUAUCCAGUGACGAAAAACCCAAACACCGGAACUACUGCUGCUCAUUAUCCCACGCAUCCCAUUCCUUCCCGACAGAUUCUACGGUACUAGUUAUGUUUACGUAGAUCUGUCCACAAGAGAUUACACUACAACUCAUCCCCACUGGGUCUAAAGAAAAGCACUGGGGUUUUGGCAUCAUGUAGGCAUAAUUUAGCUGGUGCCAUGAAACAGAUGUUUUACUGCUCUAAUCACAGUAAAAAGGUCAGAUGUUCAAUUUGACUUCCUCCAAGCACAUGUUUUGGCCAUUGAAAUCAUUGAUUUAUUGAUGUGUUAUCCAAUGCAUUAUUGGCAAAGUCAUUAAUAAUGCAGGUCUUGUAUAUUUGAAUAGAUUUGUGUGGAAAAUACGAACCAUUCAGCAUUAAUGGUUAAAAAAAGGCUGAAAAUAUGCAUGUGUGUGAAGGGUGAGGGUAGUCUCAUGAAGAUCAAGCCAUAAACCAAGAACAAGUCAGCGGCACAUCUCAGAUGAUAAGCCCAGUCCAGGUGUGCCUCUCCCUUGGCCUGGCGCCUGACAGAGGCGUUAUUGAGGGAGAUAUGGGAGGCAGAUGUGGGGAUAGGGUUUCAUGAAAAACGCCCAGCAUGUAAUUCCCACAUAGCUGUGGCAUGGCCUUAUGACCGUCUCAGACAGAGACAUCACAUAAUUCCUUAUGUGGUUGGAGUGAUGUGGGGGGUUCAGGGACUGUCAUCUGUCUCUCUGGACCAGUGGUAAGCUCACUCUGCCCUCAGGGAGCUAAAAGCCAGUUAGAGCACAUCUCGAUCCACUGAGUUGUGUGUAAUGACAGUGGUCUCGGCUGACAACACCAAUACAUGUAUAAUAGGUACUAUUCCAGAAUAAGCAUCUUCUGACCAGGGGACUAUACAAUAUUAUUCCAGCUGGAACUAGUAAGACAUACAAAGAAAGAAUAGUGCUCUAUUUGAAAGCUUUUAUAAAGCACUGACCUUCUGAGGAAACCAUUGUUAUGAUGAUGAUGAUUAUAGUAUUCUAUGUGCUGUACUGAUAUCUUUGUGUCCUUCUCUGAAUGUGCUUGUCAAUAUCUCUUUCUGUCAUUCCCCUGGUGAUUUAGUGGGGCCGCAUGGGACAGAUCAGCACCUAUCAUCAGGAUUAUAAAGACAUAAGGGGUUUGGUCUGAUAAAGCCCUGGCCACAGCCACAGCCCUAGCCUUUCCCUAAUAAUAAUGCCCAACAAAUGCUUCUCCACACGGCAGCCAGGUCAUGGCUAGAUGGAAUACAGUUUAUGUCAUAUUGACGUCUAAAAUAGUUGUUAUUUUAUUUUAGAUAACCUUAACCCUUUUCCUAACGUUAACCUAAUUCUCCUAACCUGCUACUUUAAUUCUCCUAACCGGCUGCCUAAGUUCUCCUAACCUACUACGAAAAGUAAAUUCUGGUCAAUUAUGACAGAAGCUGUAUCCCAUCUAGUCAAAAGACCAGCCAUGCAGGCGCACAAAGACACAGACAAAGGUCCCAUGGAGAAAUGCUGUAGCCUCAGCAACAUCCUUAUCUGGCCAGGCCAGGUCAAUGCUGCUUGUGAAAAGGGGAAAAUCAGUGUGAUUUAUAGAGCGGCACAGAAAGCUACAGAUGGAGUCAGUGAUAGGCGCUGCUCACCCAAAGCUGUUUAAAUACACAGACAGCAAUCAUGGCUGAUAACCUGGGCUGUGUCUCCCUGAUGCUCUUUGGGGAGGAGACAAUAGCUGUGCCCUAAGGCUAAUUAACGGGCUCACUCUGUAUGAGACGGCUCUGUUCUGCUCGUUAGUGCUGCGUACUCACAGAAAUGCAGAUAAACCCCCCCACCCAGUCACACACCUCCUCUCCCUUCUGCUCUCACCUUCCAAACCUCCCCUCAGAUCCACCCCUCUCUCCUCCCUCUCUUCUUGGCUCCGUGGCUUGGCUGCAUGCUCACUGUCCCGAAACAUGAUGAACCAUUCAGCCCUUUGGGAAUUUCUCCUCCCAGCUAGCGUCAGCUACAUCUGUGUCUGUCAGGGAGGACAGCAGUAUCAGCAGGGAUCAGGCAUCCUCUCCUUUCCUCUCUGCCACAGACACUGACUGAGCUCCAACUUCACUGAGAGGGAAUGAGCGUCACCAGCCAGUCCACAGCAGUUCAGGGGAAAAGUUUGCCCCUCCUCUUUCUCUCUGUCUCUCUCCUCAUCAGAAACCUUCCUCUACACCUCUAGAGCAUUGGUUCAUUCACAAAUAACAAGGUAAGGAUACCAUGCAACUUGUGGAUACUUUUCUUCAUUGGACUGCUACGUUGACUGAUUUCUCAAAAAAAUAUAUUUCUGAAGAGAUGUCCUCUCCUCUGUUGUCAACGUCUGAGCGGUGAUAACUAAAGCCUUCUGUUUCCCGACAUACUAUAUUACUCUACACUCUGGGAUCUAUCUAUCUGGACUUCUGUAGCAUGUUGGGAUACUGUCAGUUGGAUUUCUCAACCGCUGUGACCUCCUCCUCAUCCUCUUUCCCAGGGUUGUGAUUACACUUUUCAGCCCUAAGAUUAACCUGGAGAGUUCCGAGCAAACCAAAGGGAUUAAAUAUGACCUGGGAGAAUCUAUCUUUACACAUCAAGGAGAUCCUACUGUCACACUGAAGGCAACGGGGCUUGGCCGCUUGGAUAGUGAAAGUCAACUGUGAGUAUGUGUCUGUGGCUUGCUCUGCUUUUUCUAGAGAAACACAAGUGAUUCUUCUGGGAGUUUUAUAUGCACAGAAGUGUGACCUCUAUAAAGGCGAGCAGAAACUGCUACAAGCAUGUCUGAGAGGUCUUAGCAUGUAUAUUUAAUGCUGCCUUUUACCUUAAUGAAAGGAACAGUUAGGUGGUGCUCAAACAGAGAGAAAGAGUUACAGUGGAAAAGGAGCAGGCAGUCACAUAGGGAUACCGUAUCAAAUAGCAGCACACACAUUUAGGUUUCUACAGUGAAUCACUGAUGAAUUACAAAUAGACAGGUUUCCUAAAGAGGUAGCAGCUCUUGGAAACUUCAUACCUCUAUCUCAGGUCACCUUUAUAUACAUGUACUGUACAUCUCUAUACCUUGAUCUCACGUCACAUUUCUAUACAGUUACUUAAUUUUCCUCCCCAUUCAUCACUUUUAAUCUUCCUCUUCCUCCAUCACUCUAUUCUCCUCUGACAGCCCACUGUGCUCCCACCCCCUGUACAUCCCAUUUUCUUGAUAUAUCCCUGACCUCUCUCACACUCUAUAUCCUUCUGUUUAUUUUCUCAAAAUCUUCUUCUCCCUUUCCUUAUUAUUACGUUUUCUUCAUCUUCCUCCCUCCUCCAGUCUUGCUUCCUUUCACAUCCCUCUGGCUCUUUUUAGCUUUCUUAUUCUCCUCUAAUGAACCAACUCUCCUAUCUCUCCUUUCCCUGUGUCUCUUCUCUUCCUCUACCUCUCGUUUCCCCUGGAGACAGGGGACUCAGGUGAUUGAGAAUGAGCAUGUGCAGAAAAAAAGCUCAUGAAGAGAACAACACUAAAGCCCUAGUCCUAGAACUUGUUACCUUGUCAACUCAACAGAAAAAGUAUUAUUAUUAUUAUUAUACAUUGAAUUUGAAUUUUGUACACAGUGGGAUUGUCCCCAAAUGGUCCCAAGGAAUCUAGCUACUGUACAACCCACUGUAGGCUGUCUCUCAUCCUAAGGUUCCACUCCUCCACCUCCCAAUACCAUUCAAUCUUUAUUUUACCCAUUGAAGGGGCUAUGUGCCCCUCCAAGCCUUCGAACCCCUCCCCUGCUCUUUGACUGAAUGAAAAUGACAGAAAAAGGAUUAAGCAGUGGAGCGUGAUUUUAACGAGUCCUUUCAGCCCUCACACUUGGUGGAGCGUUAAAGAAAUGUGUUGAGGCACAAGGCUAUCAAAUAUUCAGGGUUAGGUUGCCACAAAACAGGAAGGAUCUGCCAAGCUUGGAGACAUGACAAAUGGGACAGUGGUAGUGGUAAAGACCUUGUUUCCCCUGUGUCCAAUGGAGCCUCACAUAUGGGAAGAUAAAGAGCCUCAUUGUUAUCACAAGGCAAUUAGGAAUCAUGUCUGGGGAGAAGUCAAGGCUUUCUACAAUACUGUAUAUCACCAGAACCAGAGUUCACUUGAGUUGCUAUAGGGGAGAGUGGGGUAAGUUGAGCCAAAGGAGUAAGUUGAGCCACCCUUGUUUCUAGGAAACCAUACACAAAAUGUAUCACUUGACCAAAUAUUUAGGAAGAGGUCAUCAUUUCAUGGAGUAUGUGAAGGAAGAAACCACAUGGAAAAAGUGAAAAACCCACUGGGCAAAAACUGGUUGAAUUAAUGUUGUGUCAAUAUAAUUUCAACAAAGAAAUGCAAUGUUAUGACAUUGAAUCAACGUGGAAAACUGAUUGAAUUUACAAAAAGUAAUCAACGUAAGGGAAUUUCGUAUUUUUUCACCCAACUUAAAUCCAAUGUCAUGGUGACACUUUUUGCUGAUUUCAUGUUGAAUUCACGUUAGUUGACAACUCAACCAAAUGUAAUUCAAAAAUAGACGUUGAUCUGACGUCUGUGCCCAGUGCGAAGCAAGUUAGCUCAAAUUAAUUGUAUUGUGUUAGAGGUUUCAUGAUGCUUAUAUCUAAACCAAAGUAGAUAAUUUUAAGAAUGUUCUUUACAUCAGUUGGGGUCUCUAUAAGCUUAAAUAUGAGGGUAAGUUGAGCCAAUGGCCUUGGGGUAAGUUGAGCCAAUGGUUGAGCCAAUGGUAAGUUUAGCAAAUUGAAGUGUUUUCUUCCCAGGUACAAUGCAAGGCAUUAUCGCUGGGAUAUGAGGUAACAACUAGGCCUGGCCUAAGUUAAAAUCAAAAAAAAAAUAAUACUAAGUGUUUGUUAGGUGUUAAGCCUCUGUUAAAAGAUGCUUAAUCCUUGGCCUACAAUUUCUUAGGGCCCGCGGAUAUCUAAUUAACAUAAUAAAAAAAUCCCCAUCAAAAUCUGUCUGUUUAAGUUAGAGAUAUGUGUUUUUGCAUGGGCUACGUCUCAAUCCACCGCAUCCACCGAUAUAUAUAUAUAUAUAUAUAUAUAUAUUAAAAAAUUAAAAAAUUGCCUUUGCGCAUCUGCGGUGAAAGGUGGCAGAGCUAGAGCUGUGUUUGUCAGACCAUGAGACAUCCCGAAAAUCGGUCUUCUCAUGAAAACGUCUGUAGCGUCAGAACGGCUUGGCCUAAAAAACUAUUAUGGCCACUCCAUUGAAAGAUGGGACUCUCACGAACACGAUGGUGUUCUCCGUUUUGAUCUAGGACGCCCCACAAGACUCAUCUGAAGUCGGUACAACCUCUUCUGCCAACUUCUGUCUGUAGUGUCCGAACGGUUUGGGCUGCACACUAAUAUGACCCCUCUGUGGAAAGUAAGGGGAUAAAUACAGUACAUGUCAAAAAAUAUAUAUAUAUAGUUUCCUGGUCUUUCAUAUAGCUCUCAGAUAUUUUGGGGGGACUAUCUGUUGUUCCAUGUAGUGAAUCUGUUAUUCAAUGUGUUUCUAUUGGCUAAUAGCAGUAAUGCCAAAUUCAAUGUUUCAUCCAAUAAUUUUUUUAUAUAUAUUUUUGAUACCUUAAGGGGUCUUAAAAUUAGGGUAAAAUGAUUAAAAAACUAAAGACAAAGCAAUUGUGAUUGUGUUGAAUUGUGAUUUGGAAAAAAAGAUAGACAUGAUCCACGUUUCCAUCCAGUUUUUAUGCGAGUAAAAAAAAUUAUAACUACAACUGUGAUGGAAACAGGAAGUUUCGGUGCAAUUUAAUAAAUGCCAACAGAUCAUUUGUUUGUUCGACAUGGUGGGAUCUUUUUGUGUCGGUAAAAUGUAUUAUGCGAGAAAUGGAGGUGGAAACGCCUUUAUGUACAAAUAUUGAUAUAAUAACCAUCAUAUCGAAGUAAACUUGGAGUCACACAAUGACAUGUUGUGUGGUCCUCCCACUACGACUCGGGAAACCAUGCAGUUUAUUAGGCUACAUAUGAAAUAAGUUAUGAUGAACUUCACAGGGUUGUGAAAGUGCACAGUGAUCUUGAUGCUCCAUUCCAAUAAAUAUCGAGGGUCUUAUUCUGGUGACAUGAUGAUCUAUGCUUGACUGCCGUUUGACAAAAAAAAUAUACAGUGCUAUGAAAAGUAUUUGCCCCCUUUCUAAUUUUCUCUACUUUUGCAUAUUUGUGAUACUGAAUGUUAUCAGAUCUUCAACCAAAACCUAAUAUUAGAUAAAGGGAACAUAAGUGAACAAAUAACACAACAAUUACAUAUUUAUUUCAUUUAUUUCAUAAACAAAGUUAUGCAACACCCAAUUCCCCUGUGUGAAAAAGUAAUUGCCCCCUUACACUCAAUAACUAGUUGUGCCACCUUUAGCUGCAAUGACUCCAACCAAAUGCUUCCUGUAGUUGUUGAUAAGUCUCUCACGUUGCUGUGGAGGAAUUUUGGCCCACUCUUCCAUGCAGAACUGCUUUAACUCAGUGACGUGUGGGUUUUCAAGCAUGAACUGCUCGUUUCAAGUCCUGCCACAACAUCUCAAUUGGGAUUAGGUCUUGACUUUGACUAGGCCAUGUGGACAACUACAAAUACCUAGGUGUCUGGUUAGACUGUAAACUCUCCUUCCAGACUCACAUAAAGAAUCUCCAAUCCAAAGUUAAAUCUAGAAUCGGCUUCCUAUUUCGCAAACAAAGCCUCCUUCACUCAUGCUGCCAAACAUGCCCUCGUAAAACUGACUAUCCUACCGAUCCUUGACUUCGGCGAUGUCAUUUACAAAAUAGCCUCCAACACUCUACUCAGCAAAUUGGAUGUAGUCUAUCACAGUGCCAUCCGUUUUGUCUCCAAAGCCCCAUACACUACCCACCACUGUGACCUGUACGCUCUUGUUGGCUGGUCCUCACUACAUGUUCGUCGUCAAACCCACUGGCUCCAGGCCAUCUAUAAAUCACUGCUAGGCAAAUCCCCGCCUUAUCUUAGCUCAUUGGUCACCAUAGCAGCACCCACCCGUAGUCUGCGCUCCAGCAGGUAUAUCUCACUGGUCAUUCCCAAAGCCAACACCUCCUUUGGCCGCCAUUCCUUCCAGUUCUCUGCUGCCAAUGACUGGAACGAAUUGCAAAAAUCUCUGAAGCUGGAGACUCUUAUCUCCCUCACUAACUUUAAGCAUCAGUUGUCAGAGCACCUUACCGAUCACUGCACCUGUACACAGCCCAUCUGAAAUUAGCCCACCCAACUACCUCAUCCCUAUAUUGUUAUUUAUUUUGCUAUUUUGCACCCCAGUAUCUCUAUUUGCACAUAAUCUCUUGCACAUCUAGCAUUCCAGUGUUAAUACUAUUGUAAUUAUUUUGCACUAUAGCCUAUUUAUUGCCUUACCUCCAUAACUUGCUACAUUUGCACACACUGUAUAUAUAUUUUCUGUUGUAUUUUUGACUUUAUGUUUUUUUACCCCAUAUGUAACUCUGUGUUGUUUUUAUUGCACUGCUUUGCUUUAUCUUGGCCAGGUCGCAGUUGUAAAUGAGAACCUGUUCUCAACUGGCUUACCUGGUUAAAUAAAGGUGAAAUAAAAAUAGAAAUUCCAAAAUGUCCAAUUUGUUGCUUUUUAGCCAUUUUAAUGUAGACUUGAUUGUGUGUUUUGGAUCAUUGUCUUGCUGCAUGACCCAGCUGCGCUUCAGCUUCAGCUCACAGACAGAUGGUCUGACAUUCUCCUGUAGAAUGAUCUGAUACAGAGCAGAAUUCAUGGUUCCUUCUAUUAAGGCAAGUCGUCCAGGUCCUGAGGCAGCAAAGCAUCCCCAAACCAUCACACCACCACCACCAUGCUUGACAUUUGGUAUGAUGUUCUUACUGUGGAAUGCAGAGUUUGGUUUUCGCCAGGCAUUACUGGAACCACUAUCACACUUUAUUUUGAUAGUCCGGAUAGUCCAUCUGUAGAUGCUUUACAUACGGUCAUACUAUCAAGAAACUACCUGUUGAUAAGCAACUGCUUACUAAGGUUAAGGUUAGGGUUAGGUUUAGAAUAACGGGUUAGGGUUAAGGUUAGGGUUGGGGCUAGGGUUAGGGUUAGGGUUAGGUUUAGGAUAUGGGUUAAGGUUAGGGCUGUGGCUUGUAGAUAGUUGAAAUGUUACUGAUAGUCUGUAGAGCAUCUACAGAUGGACUAUCCAAAUAAAGUGUUACUGUGUUUUCAAAACUGUAAUGUUUACAUGAAUUAAGAUUAUUUCUAGGGAUACACAGCAUCCUGCAAUAUAUGUAGAUAUAUUUGUUGGAAAUAAUACUAUUUUUCUCUUAAUGGAGUGAUGCAGAAUGUAAAUAAAUUCUAAAUGUACCCCACUCUCCCCUAUUAGGCAACACCUGCAAGUAUAGGAAUAAUAUAUUACUGUAUUUCAUAUUGUAUUUCAAAGUCUACGUAUUCUUCAGUUCUAGUGACUUUUUGGCAGCUAUUUGGCAGGUCCAAAAGGCUUCUUAACAGCUUCUACCCACAAGCCAUAAGACUCCUGAACAGCUAAUCAAAUGGCUACCCGGACUAUUUGGAUCACUUUAUCUCUACCUACAUGUACAUAUUACCUCAAUUACCUCAACUAACCUGUGCUCCCGCACAUUGACUCUGUACCGGUACCCCCUGUUUAUAGCCUCGCUACUGUUAUUUUACUGCUGCUCUUUAAUUUAUAUUAUUAUUAUUUUUUGCUAUCUAUUUUUUGCUUAACACUUAUUUUUCUUAAAACUGCAUUGUUGGUUAAGGGCUUGUAAGUAAGCAUUUCACUGUAAGGUCUACACCUGUUUUAUUCGGCGCAUGUGAUAAAUACAAUUUGAUUUGAUUUGAUUACACCCAAGCACAUUUCACCCACCUGGUUGAAAAUGACUUUAGAGAAGUUGCCAGUAAGCAUAAAUACUCUAAAGAUAACCUCAGCGCAGAAGAGUUUGUAGAACUAAAAGGUAUGCAAAACAACUAUAAUCUUCUACUUUGCUGUUGUGGUACAAAGUUAUGAACAAUAUCACAAGGGCAUUAUGAACAAUAGAACAACAGAGAAUUCUAUGUCCCCUUACACACAAACCCUACGAAUCAUAUUGAGUGAAAUGUAUGCAUAUAUUAACAGUGCUUUAGACCAAGGUUGGAUUACUAAAAAGGAGAGGGCAUAUAGUCUCUGGUAAUGAUAGCCUCACAGAAACGCUAUCCCAAUUUGUAGAUUUUUUAAUUACAAAGUUGGUUCCUUCCCUCCCAGCAUUCUUGGGCGACCCCUGAUGUGCUACAGUUUCUUGAGAAUGUAAAAGUUGAAUCUAAUGAUAUACUUGUAACUAUGGAUGUUCAAAGUCUUUAUACAAACAUUCCCCAUGCAGGAGGCCUCUUCCACUAUCUAGAUACACACCCAUGAAGGUCUGCUGCCCCAUUCUGGUAUUAUUUUGACAUUAACCGAAAUGGCCUUAUCUAUUAACUUUUUUUCAAUAUGCCGGUGAACAGCGAUGGGAGCUGCAAAUGGUGCUCAUUUGUUAAUGGGUUUCUGAGAAGAAAAAAUCAUUAACAAUGCUGUAUCUAACCCGUUCUUUUCUAAUAUUGUCUUGUGGCACCGAUACAUUGAUGAUAUUCUAGUAGUCAGGAGGGGCACAGAAAAUAAUUUGAGCAGAUUUUUGUUGUAUGCUAAUCCCCAUUUAUCAUUUACAGAAGAAAAACAUUGCACUUCCUCUGUCAAUUUCCUCAACCUCACAAUUUUGGGGUAAUAGGUGAUAGCCUAUGCUUAAAACAACUAUUUUUUUGCAAACUUCAGUAGGCUCCAGUCUUAAGACAUGAUAGUAAUCAUCCUAAACCUCUAAAACGCAAUAUUCCUACUGGUCAAUUCCUUAGACUAAGGCGAAACUGCAGCAAAUCUAAUGAUUUUGAGACUAAAGCUGAAAUAAUGAAAAAGAGGUUCCUUGAACGCGGCUUAGUGAGCUCCUCAACAUGACUUAUAAACAAUCCCUCUACACCAAAAAAGACAAACGUGAGAAAUCUGCUAGGGUUUGUUUUCCCCACUGAAUAGCUUAGAACACCUCUGCUGGGCAGAUAAAAAGCGUGAUCGUCAAACACUGGAACAUUCUCCAGAGUGACCCUUGCUCAAAGACUUUGCGUCUAACCCUCCCCUGAUAUGCUUUAGGAGGGGUCGCGUCGCAACAUCAGAGACCUACUGGUGCACAGUGUGCUCCCGGUUUUCGGUGGAUUUGAAGUGAGGAGGUUGGCGGGCGAGAGUUUGAGGGAGUACAGGGUUUAGCAUUUCUCUCGAGAAGCCUAAAAAUAGAUUUUGUCUUGUUAAAGUUGAAUCUUUUCAGGAGUCGGGUAAUUGGUUACUAGGAGGAGGAUUGGAGGGAAAGAGAGAGGGUGUUGAAAAGACUGAGGGAGGCAGAGGAUGGGUUUGAAUCUGUUGAAGCUAGCAAUAACAAGGGAGAGGGUAUGUCGAGGAAGAUUGAUGUCAAGUUCAAACAGAGUGAGCCGACACCAGUUCAAGUCCUGGAGGUGAAAUGGAAGGGGUAGAAGAUGUUGUGAGGAGCUCGGAGCCCGAGCCUUGCAUUGAUGGACAUGGUUAUGAUAAAGAUAUAUUUGGUCCAGUGGGAGUGAGAUUUAUGAAGAGGGUGAAACUAGGCCUUUUGGCUGAUCCAUGUGUGGUUUCAGGUUGGGUGGAAAAGAUGGUGGGUGCUGUUGAGUCGGUGAAGGUAACCCAAAGUGGAUGUGUGAUGUUUGUUUGUGUGUCUUCAGAUCAGAGGGAGCAGGCAGUCUGUGCGACGCAACUUGGGGAAAGACCUGUAUCUUGCUUUGCCCUUAGGUACAGGGCACCAUUGAAGGGAGUGAUUUCUGGGGUAGCGUUAAGUGUGGAGGUGGAGCAAUUUAAGUUGAAGAUUCCUGGUGUUUGUGUUGCCCGCCCGUUGGUGCAAUGCAGAUCCUGUGGGGAGCGUGGUGAAACAGAGGUGACACAGUCUGUUCUUUUGAGAUUUGAUUCAGAGUCUUUACUUGACAAAGUAAUGUUAGGAUAUAUGAGUAAUGCUGUUAGAACUUUUGUGCCGAAUACACAACAGUGUUAUAGGUGUCACGUUUAUGGGUAUGUCGCAGCAGUGUGUAUGAGGGAGAUUCCAAGAUGAGGGAAGUGUGCAGGAGGACAUGGGACAGAGGAAUGUGUAGUUUCGGUGGAAAAAGUUGUGUGUGUCAACUGUAGGGGUGCCUGUGUUGCUGGGUUCGGAGGUGUCAGGUGCGAGAGAGGUAGGUUGAGGUGGUAGUGCAGAAGAUGUCAUAUGCUGAGGCAGUGAAGAAAGUAGAGGAAGGUGGAUCAAGGGUGAAGGAUUCUGAGAGGAUCCCUGUGAAUAGUAGAUCUCUGCCAGAACAGAGGGAUAGGCCAAUGAGUGAUAUAUAAUUUCAGUAAGUUUGGCUUCUUAGCGUUCAUAGCAAUGGUUAUGAACUGUACCGCAGAGAUGGAACGUAAGUCAAAGAAAAUAGAUGUUGUGAUGGCAGCUGCAGAGAAGUACUUGGGGGAACGAGAUUUGACUUCAGAAGAGUUACAGGGUGUGUUGAGUGGUAGUGUCCCGUCCUCUCGGGUCAUUGGCCUGGGGUGUGAUCUGAUAGGGUUAAAGUAGUGGAAUAAGGUGGUGGGUUUUAAUGAGUGUAGGGUUAGUUGUUAGGGAAAUUUUCAAUAUAUUUGUAUUUUAUUUUUCCCAUUUCCCCUUUUCCCUGUCACGGAUUCUGCCGAGGCUGCUCCUCCUCCUAGUUCGGGCAGGCUUCGGCGUUCGUCGUCCCCAGAGUACUAGCUGCCACCGUUGAAUGUUUCUAUGUGUGAUUGCUUUUGUCUGUCUGUCACACCUGAGUCCGUUUGUGUCUGAUUACGUGUUCUAUAAGUUGCCUGUGUUGUAUUGGUUAGGUUGUGUGUUGUUUUUCGCCUGUCCGUAGUGCUGCGUGUUUUUUCUCUGUUUUGUUGUUUUACGCAUUGUUGCGUAAUUGCUCGCCUCUGUCGUUUUGAGGCCGUUCUUUGUAUCUUUGCCUUGUGGUUCACAAGUAAACUUUGUUGGACUAAGCUUCGGUGUCCUGCGCCUGACUCCCACACCACAUACACCUCAGCCUUGACAGAACAACACACCAGUAUGGAGUCAGCAGGAGCAGUGACGGCACCCAAGUCGCUGGAGGAUCGGAUCAGCGACCAAGACACCAUGAUCCGGCAACUUGGGGCCGCCAUGAACGAGGUGUCCAACACUCUACGCCGGUUGGUUACGGGAGAGGUGCCCACGCCUUCUCACACCAUCCCGUCACCAACGGCCAGUCCUCCUCUCUCAGCACCGGGACCCAGUGGCAUUCGGCUCUCGCUCCCGAGGGCAUAUGAUGGUUCUGCAGCCGGGUGUCAGGGGUUCCUCCUGCAGGUGGAACUCUACCUGGCCACCAUACACCCAGCGCCCUCGGGAUACGAGAGCGUCUCCGCCCUCAUCUCCUGUCUAUCCGGCAAGGCGUUGGAGUGGGCCAACGCCGAAUGGAGGGGAAUAGACGCCGCUACCAUCACCUACGCGGAGUUCUCCCGCCGCUUCAGGACUGUCUUCGAUCAUCCACCUGAGGGGAAGGCGGCGGGGGAGCGUCUGUUCCACCUCCGACAGGGGAAGAGGAGCGCACAGGAGUUCGCCCUGGAGUUCCGGACUCUAGCGGCGGAUGCGGGGUGGAAUGAGAGGGCCCUCAUCGACCAUUACCAGUGUAGCCUACGAGAGGACGUUCGUCGUGAGCUGGCCUGCAGGGACACCAACCUAUCCUUCGACCAGUUGGUGGACAUCUCCAUCCGUCUCGACACCCUGCUGGCUACCCGCGGACGUCCCGAGUGGGGGUCAUCCAUUCCACCCUCCAGCACCUCCGAGCCGAUUCCCAUGGAGCUCGGAGGUGCUGGCGCUAGAGAGAGGAGGAGAGAGAGCCGUAGGGGGGCCAUCCCCUGCACCAACUGUGGCCGUGGAGGACACACCGCGGCCAGGUGCUGGGGAGGGUCUCCUGGGAGAGGGGACAACAGGUCACGCACUGGGGAGUCAUUCCAGGUGAGUAGGCGCCCCACUUACCCAGAGCUCUCUGUUGGUCACAUGUGUAUACCUGUGAGAUUUCCACAGGUGGCACCUCAUUCCCAGCAUAAGGCGCUAGUAGAUUCAGGCGCAGCUGGGAAUUUUGUUGAUCGUGCAUUUUGUUAUAGGUUAGGAAUUCCCCUUCGGCCAGUAGAAGCCCCCUUUCCUGUUCAUGCCCUAGACAGCCGGCCGUUGGGGUCGGGGUUGAUCAGAGAAGUCACAGCACCACUUAAGAUGACUACGCAGGGGGGUCAUGAGGAGAUCAUUCAGUUUUAUCUGAUUGACUCUCCUGCGUAUCCCGUGGUGCUGGGGCUUCCCUGGUUAAGCGCCCAUGAUCCUACCAUUGCGUGGCAACAGAGGGCUCUUAUGGAGUGGUCUGCCCAGUGUGUAGGGAGAUGUCUAGGUGUUUCCUUAGGGGCGACCUCGGUGGAGAGUCCGAACCAAGUGCCCGCAAUGCGCAUUCCCCCUGAAUAUGAGGAUUUAGCACUUGUGUUCAGCAAAACGAGGGCAACACGGCUACCACCUCAUAGACAGGGGGAUUGUGCGAUAGAUCUCCAAACAGGAGCGGCACUUCCGCGGAGCCGUGUGUAUCCCCUGUCUCAAGAGGAGACAGCGGCUAUGGAGACUUACAUAGCCGAGUCCUUGGCACAGGGAUACAUACGGUCCUCCACUUCCCCGGUUUCCUCGAGUUUCUUUUUUGUGAAGAAGAAGGACGGGGGUUUGCGCCCGUGUAUCGAUUACCGUAGUCUCAAUCAGAUCACGGUUAAGUACAGUUACCCUCUUCCACUGAUUAAGACUAUAACAGAAUCAUUACGCGGAGCGCGGUUCUUCACAAAGUUGGAUCUCAGGAGCGCGUACAAUCUGGUGCGCAUUAGGGAGGGGGAUGAAUGGAAAACAGCAUUUAGCACCACCUCAGGUCAUUACGAGUAUCUCGUCAUGCCAUACGGGUUGAUGAAUGCUCCUUCAGUCUUCCAAUCCUUUGUUGACGAGAUUUUCCGGGACAUGCAUGGGCAGGGUGUGGUAGUAUACAUCGACGACAUCCUAGUGUACUCUUCUACACGAGCCGAGCAUGUAGCCCUGGUGCGCCGAGUGUUGAGGAGACUGUUGGAGCAUGACUUGUAUGCCAAGGCAGAGAAAUGCUUGUUCUUCCAGGAGUCCGUCUCCUUUUUGGGUUAUCGGUUGUCUGCGUCUGGUGUGAAGAUAGAGGUUGACCGUGUGUCGGCCGUGCGUAAUUGGCAAACUCCAACCACUGUAAAAGAGGUGCAGCAGUUUUGGGGUUUUGCUAAUUACUACCGGAGGUUUAUCCGGGGCUUUGGACAGGUUGCAGCUCCCAUUACGUCCCUGUUAAAGGGGGGUCCGGUUCGCUUGCAGUGGUCAGCUGAGGCGGACAGGGCAUUUGUCAAACUGAAAAACCUGUUCACCUCGGCUCCGGUGCUGGCGCAUCCGGAUCCCUCUUUACCAUUCCAAGUAGAGGUAGACGCGUCCGAGGCCGGUAUUGGGGCAGUCCUGUCGCAACGGUCCGGCACGCCACCUAAGCUCCGCCCCUGUGCGUUCUAUUCUAAGAAGCUCAGCUCGGCGGAGCGUAAUUAUGACGUAGGGGACAGGGAGCUGUUAGCUGUAGUCCAGGCCCUAAAGGUGUGGAGGCAUUGGCUUGAGGGGGCUCAACACCCUUUCCUCAUUCUGACUGACCACCGUAACCUGGAGUACAUCCGGGCAGCUAGGAGAUUGAACCCUCGUCAGGCUAGGUGGAACAUGUUCCUGACCCGGUUUGUUUUUAAGAUCACAUACAUCCCAGGGUCCCAGAACGGUAAGGCAGACGCCCUGUCCCGGCGGUAUGACACAGAGGAGAGGUCCAUUGAACCUACUCCCAUACUGCCGGAGUCUUGUCUGGUGGCUCCGGUGGUGUGGGAGGUCGAUGCGGAGAUCGAGCGGGCACUGCGUACCGACCCUACUCCCCCCGAGUGUCCUGUGGGGCGGACGUACGUUCCGCUCGAGGUUCGUGAUCGCCUUAUCUAUUGGGCUCAUACAUCACCCUCCUCUGGACAUCCAGGUAUUGGCCGGACAGUGCACUGCCUUAGCGUGAAAUACUGGUGGCCAACGUUAGCUAAGGAUGUGAGGGUUUAUGUCUCCUCCUGCUCGGUGUGCGCCCAGUGUAAGGCACCUAGACAUUUGCCCAGGGGAAAGUUACAUCCCCUGCCCGUUCCACAACGACCAUGGUCCCACCUCUCGGUGGAUUUUGUGACCGACCUACCCCCCUCCCAGGGGAAUACCACCAUUUUGGUCGUUGUGGAUCGGUUUUCCAAGGCCUGUCGUCUCCUCCCAAUGCCGGGUCUCCCUACUGCCCUACAGACCGCUGAGGCCCUAUUUACCCACAUGUUCCGGCACUAUGGGGUCCCCGAGGAUAUUGUGUCUGACCAAGGUCCCCAGUUCACCUCCAGAGUCUGGGGGGCGUUCAUGGAACGCUUGGGGGUCUCGGUGAGCCUUACCUCGGGGUACCACCCAGAGAGCAAUGGGCAGGUUGAACGAGUCAACCAGGAUGUGGGUAGGUUUCUGAGGUCCUAUUACCAGGGCCGGCCGGAGGAGUGGUCUAGGUAUAUCCCCUGGGCAGAGAUGGCCCAGAACUCUCUCUGCCACUCCUCCACCAAUUUAACACCUUUCCAGUGUGUUUUAGGGUAUCAGCCGGUCCUGGCACCUUGGCACGAGAGCCAGAUCGAGGCCCCUGCGGUGGAUGAGUGGAUUCGGCGCUCGGAGGAGACGUGGGACGCUGCCCAUGUCCAUCUGCAGCGGGCCAUCCGUCGACAAAAGGCGAGCGCCGAUCGCCACCGCAGUGAGGGACCGGUGUACGCACCGGGAGAUCGAGUCUGGCUCUCGACACGAAACCUGCCCCUCCGCCUGCCCUGCCGGAAGCUGGGUCGGCGGUUUGUGGGGCCCUUUAAAGUCCUGAGAAGAUUGAACGAGGUGUGUUACAGGUUACAACUGCCUAUUGAGUACAAGAAUAUUAACCUCUCGUUCCAUGUGUCUCUUCUCAGGCCGGUGGUAGCUGGCCCACUCCAAGAACAUGAGAUAGGAGAGACCCCUCCGCCCCCUUUGGACAUCGAGGGGGCCCCGGCGUACAGGGUCCGGACCAUCUUGGACUCGAGGCGCCGGAUGAGUGGUCUCCAGUAUCUCGUGGAGUGGGAGGGGUACGGUCCGGAGGAACGGUGCUGGGUGCCUAGGAGGGACAUCCUAGAUCCAUCCCUCCUGACGGAGUUCCACCGUGGGCAUCCCACGCGCCCGGGUCCGCGUCCUCCUGGCCGUCCCCGAGGCCGGGGUCGGCGCACGGCUGGAGCCGCGCGUCAAGGGGGGGGUACUGUCACGGAUUCUGCCGAGGCUGCUCCUCCUCCUAGUUCGGGCAGGCUUCGGCGUUCGUCGUCCCCGGAGUACUAGCUGCCACCGUUGAAUGUUUCUAUGUGUGAUUGCUUUUGUCUGUCUGUCACACCUGAGUCCGUUUGUGUCUGAUUACGUGUUCUAUAAGUUGCCUGUGUUGUAUUGGUUAGGUUGUGUGUUGUUUUUCGCCUGUCCGUAGUGCUGCGUGUUUUUUCUCUGUUUUGUUGUUUUACGCAUUGUUGCGUAAUUGCUCGCCUCUGUCGUUUUGAGGCCGUUCUUUGUAUCUUUGCCUUGUGGUUCACAAGUAAACUUUGUUGGACUAAGCUUCGGUGUCCUGCGCCUGACUCCCACACCACAUACACCUCAGCCUUGACAUUCCCAUUUUGUAUCAAAGUGUAAUGGAUUCAUACUAUAGUGUAGUUGGGAGCUUAAAUGGAACAUAUUGGAUGCCAACCACCAUUAAACUCCACCGAAGAAGAAGAAGAAGAAGAAGAGUGUGCUCCAGAAUCCUGCACCUGCACCCUCUACCUGGCUCCCACAGGUCCCCCUAAUUGUUUUAACUCAACUGACACAAAAGUAUUCUACCACCCACACUCGUAAAGAAUACAAGAUAAAAUACUUCAUAAAUUGUAGUACAACACAUGUUGUUUGCAUGCUCAAAUGCCCCUGUGGGUUUGUAUACAUUGGUCAGAUGAAACGUGCUCUCAAAUUAAGAAUAGAUGAACACAAAACAGCUAUAUGCACCAGAAAUAUGGACUAUGUGAUCUCGCGGCACUACGUGAAUGCCAAUCAUGGCUUACCCUCUACCUUGAAAUUCUGGGGAAUUUAG